GCCCAAGCCACCCCCGACGGAGCCGCAGCCUCGGCUCGCGUCUUGUCCCAGGGCCUCCCUGAGGAGCGGCGGUGGCGGUGGCGGUGGCCGAGCCCGCCCCUCUCCCAGCCUCCAUCGCGGCUGCCCGCCUUCCUCCUCCUCCUCCUCUCCCAAUUCCCAUCCCCAAGCAAGGCGGAGCUGGCGAUUGAACCUUCGGCUGCCGCUACCGCCGCCACCUCUCCGCCCGUCUCCCAGGCGCCCGAAGCGAGACUGCCACCCCCUUCCCUCCCGGUGCUUCUUUCGAGGGGGCGACGCGGGGGCAACAAACAAGGGGCGGCGGGGGUCGCGCCUUUUCCGGCGGCAGCAGCAGCAGCAGCCGAAGCCGCAGCAGCGCCCUGACGAGAAGCGCCACAAAGGAGCGCCAGCGGCGGCGGAGCUUUGCGCCGCCUGCGGAGUCGCCAUGAGCUGGGGCACGGAGCUGUGGGUGAGUAGUCCGCCCUUUCAUUGUGUCUGGUGGGGGGGGGGUCGGGUCCACGCUCCGAGGGAAGAAAAAAGAGGGAGGACGGCUUCGUUUGGGGGGGGGGACCGCUCAUUUGGGGAGGCGCCGUGCCCGGGGAUGCGCGGGUGGUCUUUGUUGGAGCAAGUGGUGUGGGGAAGCGCCCGAGGGGGGUAAUGGGUCUGAAGGGAGGCGAGUGGGGUUUUUUUGGGGGGGGGUCGGGGAAUUUCCCCUGGAUCGGCGAGCAGAGGGCUGGGGAAGGGGGACACACACCACACAAAUCCUCAUUUGUGAUUUUCUUGGUGGAGGCGACCCCCUUAUUCCUCUCCCACCCCAAUCUCCCCUGCUGGCGUGUAAAGCGGGGUGCCGCUCAUUUCAGGACCCUGGGAGCGGUGAAAGGCGGGUGAGACCCCCGCAUCGGCACCCCCCUCCUCCUCCUCCUCUAGGGGCGGUGCGUGGGUUGCUCCGGUUUACUUGCCAUGCAGGGUCCCCCCCCCUUUCUCUGUCUUCUUUCUUAAACAAAGGAAAGGUGUUCGGACACAAGGCAGCAGUGGCACAUUGAAUGCACGGCUUGGUGAGAUAAGCCGGUGGCUCUGCGCGCAGUUUGUGUGUGUAGCGAACCCCUCCCCUCCCCCCUCCCCCCUCCCCCCGCUUAAGAAAAUAAAGGUGAAAAUGACUUUCAGGUUUGAUUGCUUCCCUUUGGUGUGAGUCAGCUGCGCCUUGGAUCCUGCUUGAAGAGUUUCAGACAAUACUGGGCCACUAGGGAAGGGCUGCGACGAGAAAGCGAUGUGCUGGGGGGAGUCGAAAAAAGACGAGGCGAGGGGCUUUUGCUGAGGGCGCUGCAAGCUCCGUUUGGAAGACAAGUUGCAGAUCCAGCCUUUAUUUGCGUUCAUUCGAACUCUAGGGCUAAAGUCAGAGGAAUUGCAGUCUUAUUGUUGAUGCAGGUCAAGCAGGCAGGUCUGAGUCACUGGGAAAACCCAUAUAUUAACAUUCUAAGACGCUGCUCCUUGGUGCAGAAAAUUUUGUGCAUAGUACUACGGUGCUUUCUGACAAAUCCUUGGGUGGGUCGAGAAGCAGGCAAGCGGUUCGUUUUGCUGUUCAGGAGCACGCAGUUUCCUUUCUUGAAAACCUCGUUACUUAGAGCUUGCUGAUUGCUACAAGGGUAGGAAAGCCAAGGUAAAAACAGCUCCAUGGAGCCAACAACAUGACAUAGUGCCUAAGGCACCAGCUGCCACUGGUCCGUUGUACAGAUGAGCACUCCCUCUGUUGGUUCAAUAAAUGGAAAGAGGGUCAUGGUGAACUUUUGAGGUUGGGGAAAUAAUUUUGAAGCCCAAGUCUGAACCAUAUAGUGGCUGGUGCAUGACAGACUUUGACGAAUAAAAAUGACGUAGAGCUAUUAAAAAAGGGGUUUUUGUUGUGUGUAUGGGCUAUCAGCAAGCCCUGUCAUUCAGUGCUUAUGCUUGGCUCUAGCUUAAGGGGUACUUUGAUGUUGGCUCCAGUAGACUACAGAGAUUUUCCCGUCACCAUCUGCAUUAUAUUCCAAUAAGCAUUUUUACAAAAUUUAGCAUUAUAUCAAGUGUUUAUACACACCGUUAGCAAAAUAAGGACACAGAAAUACUGUAUAGUCAUACCUCGGAAGUCGAACGGAAUCCGUUCCGGAAGUCCAUUCGACUUCCAAAACGUUCAGAAACCAAGGCACGGCUUCUGAUUGGCUCCAGGAAACUCCUGCAGCCAAUCGGAAGCUGCGUCGGAUGUUUUGGUUCCAAAUAAUGUUCACAAACCGGAACACUCACUUCUGGGUUUGCGGCGUUUGGGAGUGGAAACAUUCGAGUCGCAUGGCAUUUGGGAUCCAAGGUACGACUGUACAUGCAUUUGUUCACGAAACUACAUUAGCUACAGAAGGAAUUCAUGUUUCCGAAGAGUAAGCUUCUUAACAUUUUAUAGCCUGUUGGUGUCAUGUCAGGUUAUAGUGCUUUCGAACCUGUUGGUUUGAAAAUAAAAUACAUAUUUUAUGUGUAUGCGGGCAGCAUCAAUAAAGCUUUAAAUGUGGCUGUUCAUAACCCCUCUUUUUGAGGGAUAGGUAAAGGAAUCAGGCUAAGCAUUUAGAGGGACGUGGGUGGCGCUGUGGUCUAAACCACAGAGCCUAGGACUUGCCGAUCAGAAGGUCGGCAGUUCGAAUCCCAGUGACGGGGUGAGCUCCCGUUGCUCAGUCCCUGCUCCUGCCAACCUAGCAGUUCGAAAACACGUCAAAGUGCAAGUAGAUAAAUAGGUACCGCUCCGGCGGGAAGGUAAACGCCGUUUCCGUGCGCUGCUCUGGUUCGCCAGAAGCGGCUUAGUCAUGCUGGCCACAUGACCUGGAAGCUGUCUGCAGACAAACGCCAGCUCCCUCGGCCAAUAAAGCGAGAUGAGCGCUGCAACCCCAGAGUUGGUCACGACUGGACCUAAUGGUCAGGGGUCCCUUUACCUUUAAGCAUUUAGAAUAUGGCAAGCAAAUCUGCAACCCUAUCCCUGUUUGGGAGUUAGCUGCAAUGAACUCAAUAGGAGUUGCUUCUGGUUGAUUACAGUCUGAUUGAUUGGAUUCUGCCAUAAUAUGCUACUUGAAGUAGCCCUAGGUAAAAGUUCACCUUUUUUUACUGUGUGUCUUUGUGUGUACCUGACUGCAGUAUAAGACAUAGUGGCAGGCUUUAUUCAGAAGAAACAGUGCAAAACAUGUACGCUUUUGUUCUCUAAUAUGUCAUUUACCAGAUUUUUCAGGUUUUCUUAUCGUUUUCUUGUUUUUCUGGAUUUAAAGCUGACCUGGAAAAUCCUUUGAAGACACAAAUAAAAAACCUGAACUUUCAGUACGUUCUAAAACACUUGGUUUAUUCUUAAAAUUAGGCCUACGUUUAUUCCUUGACUUUCUGUAUGAAAUAAACCUAAGCCUAUGCCUUUUAAAUUGCCAAAAAAACAAUGCUUACCAUUCCUCCUGUUGACUUGGUGCCAUUUGUUUCAGGUUGUCAGACCCUCUUGACCUGUGUAGAUGAUCUGCUGAUAUGUUCCUUUCUAAAACCCUGUCCUGUCUUGUUCUAUGCCUCCUGAGUCGUAACAGUUUCUGAAGGGAAAAGUGUGCCAUUUCUCUGUCAAUAUAUAUUGCUAUUGGGCAGUAGUGCAAGUAGCAGCAGCUUCUUCUUCUUUGGCAAUCACUCGUAGCCGUGUAAGAUUGUCUUCCAUAAACACGGUUUUAACAAUGAGUCCGUAAGUGACUGUGGAGGCCAAUUCUGGAUCCACACGUCCUUCCACAGUGGAGACAUUGAUUUCCGGGCGGGAGUUGAUCACGGUGUGGAUUUGCCAAGCGUGCCUUCCUCUUAGCAUGUUUCUCCCUUGCAUCCUGAGUUUGAGUGUCUUCAAAGCCCAUGACACCUUUGGUAAAGGCUGUUCUACAACUGGAUCACUCGCAGGCCAGUGUUUCCCAGUUGUCAGUGUUUAUACUACAUAUUUUUUUAGAUUUGCCUUGAGACAGUCUUUAAACCUCUUUUGCUGACCACCAGCAUUACACUUUCCAUUUUUAAGUUCGGAAUAGAGUAGGUGCUUUGGAAGACGAUCAUAAGUAGCACUACUAUGCUGGCAUAUGCAGUAUUAAUUGGAACCAGAUAAAAAAUAUUUAUGCAAAUGCAACGAAGCAUUCUUCUGCACAGCCAGUAGAAAUGGGCGUUUAUUUACGCUUGUAUUAUUUUUAUUUAUCACCUACUCUUCACCUGUUAUGGUCCCAGGGUAGGUCACAACAAUUUAAAAUGCAUCAUUAGAAAUAGUUUUAAAACUUAAGCAAUCACAAAAAAAUAGGGUGGGUCCUGAAAAUAUAUACCUCAAGCGCCAGAGGCCAGGGUAAAUGAAGCCUUUAUAAUAGAAAGCAGUAUCGAAUCUGCUAGGUGAGUUUACCAUCUGUAAUAUCCCCUGCCGACUAUAGAGUUCUCCUGCUGCCAGUGCCACUUCUGCUUUUGUGUACAGUGGUACCUUGGAAGUCGAACAGAAUCCGUUCCGGAAGUCUGUUCGACUUCCAAAACGUUCAGAAACCAAGACGCGGCUUCCAAUUGGCUGCAGGAAGUUGCGAACGCUGCGGGUUGCGAAUGUGCUUCCUGCAUGGAUCACGUUCGCAACCCGAGCGUACUAGAAUAUGGAGUACUGGCCUUAGCUGGAAGCAACCAUAGCUGGAAAUACUUGUGCCUUAUGUGACAGUUUUGGAACCACCUGAGUUCCUAGCCUGCUUCUUCCAUGUUCCAGCACAAUGGAGUUAUAGUAAAAGCUUUCCACCCAUAUUAACCCCUGAACCCUUGUGUACUGGCCAAAGAUUGAGGUUUCUGGCAGAACAUGUCAUCUUUGGUCUAAUUUAUAUCAUGGUAACAUUUAGUCUUUAGCCCUGAAGACAGUUGCAUUAGCAGGUGUGUCUCAUUAAUUUAUGAUGGGGAUCAGCAUGUGUAUCUGGGACAGAAUUGGAGCUCUAAAGCAGAGUAAAGAAGAGAACCAGUAUGUAAAAGUAAUAGCUUUUCUCAAGUCCUGCUAUGAAAAUCAUAGAAUUGUGGAGUUGGAAGGGACCACGGGGGUCAUCUAGUCCAACCCCCUGAAACAUGGGGCUCUUUUUUGCCCAACGUGGGGCUCUUCCGCUGCUCCAACACUUUUAUGGGAGAUGAACAAGAAAAAAUCCGCUGUGCACCUGAGAAUUAGGAUUAGCUCCCGUUUGCACAAAUAAUGAUGAAUUAGACAUUUGAAGGAUUGCAGAUUUUGAUAACAUUGAUGGCAAAGGAAGACAUGUCAUGAAUUGUGGUGGCAGACAAGCUUUCAACCUGGCUUGUCUUUAAAUAACUGUCUAGGAUGUGUUUGCAAUGAGAGUUGAUAAAUUUCAAUUUGUAUCUGUAUUUCUAAUAGCAUAUGCUAUUGUAUAUCUGUUGUAGAUUACUGGGGUUUUUUGUUUUAAAAGCACUUUAUGAAUUUGUUCUUCUGGCUAUACUUUGUGCCUCAUAACAUUACUUAUAAAACAAGUGCUUUAUGUGUAAGGAUUUGCACUGUGUGCUCAUAAUACUUAGAUAUUUUUGUAUCUUUUGAUACAGAAUUGGAGUCUGGCAAGUUCCAAAAAUGAUAAUGACACACUUCACAGCUGACCUUUGGAAAGCUAUAAAUCUGUUUCUUUAUAGUGCAGGAAAAUGGCUUCAAGGCUUCUUUUGAGAUGUGUGUCCCCACAGAUUAUAGGCACUCCCUGAAAUGGCUUAAUCUCUGGUGUGUUGUACACACUUGCUUCCCCUCCCCCCAUGACCAUGUUUUUAUUUUUGCUUUUUAUGUACCAACAAAUGAUGUAUAUUCAUUACCUCGAUUUCACUACCUUAUUUUGGGAGGAAUUCAACAUUUGCCAAGGUGAACUUUCCACCAGUGCAAGCAUUUCAGCUUGCUAGACACAAUGAUCCCACCUCUCCUUCUACCUCCUCUCCUGGCUCCCCCAACCAAUGAGGGGAGGCAAGUGUGUGGAGGAGUGGGGGCAAAAGUUCUUGCACAGGGCUCCUGGUAACCGGACUUGUUACAUGAAUCCUGCGCUUUGUAAUUAAACAAAUGAUUGAGAAUUAGCUCAGGGGCUUAACACAUUUACAGUAUAUUAAAAUGCACGCCUGCUCAAAAGUAAACCCCACUGAUUUCCCAAGCAGUGUUAGAAAUUAGCCAGGCGCCAGGUGCUUUUUGCAACUGGCAUGGGUCCAAUUGUGACCAGAGAUGGAAAUCUCCGGAUGCGAGGUUGGGAACUGACAUCUUCAUCUGGCUGGUUCCUCCAUCUUUCUUAAGCAGAUCUGCCGAACAGCUUAUUUACUGCAUGUAGAUUCCCACCUUUUUCUCCAAGGCGUACAUGUUUCAAUCCCACCCCACCCCCCAGUUAAUCCCUAUACCACCCCUGUGAAGUAGGUUCAGAGGCUGUGAGUGGACCAGGGUCACCCUGUAAGCUUCACGACUGAGUGGGGAUUUGAACCCUGACCUUGUCCGACACUCUAACCAUUGCACCUCACUGGCUUCCUAGAGUUAUUCUGCUAUGAGGCAGCUAUACAGUGGUACCUCAGGUUACAUACGCUUCAGGUUACAGACUCUGCUAACCCAGAAAUAGUACCUCAGGUUAAGAACUUUGUUUCAAGAUGAGAACAGAAAUCGUGCUGUGGCGGCAGCGGGAUUAGCCAAAGUGGUGCUUCAGGUUAAGAACAGUUUCAGGUUAAGAACGGACCUCCAGAACGAAUUAAGUACUUAACCCGAGGUACCACUGUAUAAAUUAAGCAGGUAAAUAAAUAGGGUGAAAGCAAAAUGCCACUUAAAGAAGGAUCUGAAAUAUUUUCCUUGAAGCCUGAAUUGGCUUCAUUCUGUAUUGUUCUAUUUGAUGUUCCAAUGUGUUGCAAACCGCUUUGAGAUUUUUUUCCUUUAAAAUAUAAAGCGGUGUAGAAAUGAAAUGAAAAACAAUAAUUAAUGCCAUUGCGGCACCUAGACAUUCUAUGGCAGGGACCUUAACCUAGGCUUAAGGUGACACAGCAUCCUUUGUAAAUCCUUUGUAAAUUGCCUCCAUGUUGGGGCAUCUGAAAGGGUCCUGACGAGACCCCUAAGGAAUCCAUCUUUGACUUGUAGCUUAACUUACAUUUUACUAGUCGUCGUCGUCCCCCCCCCCACGGCGACAGUGUAUUUGGAAAAGAAAAAUGCAGCAACUGUAACUCUAUCUAUUAAUUUCUUUUGGAAUGCUCUCUUGUGCUUAAGAGUAGGAAGCUAUAAUGGAAUGUGGUUGUGGCAGAUAGAUUUCUCGGCCACGUAUUGCAAAACGUUAUGACUCUGGACUAUGAUGCAAGUUUUUGUGUGUGUGUGUGUGUGUGCUCUUGAGUGAGUGCCUUACCUUUUCAACUGUGUUUCUUAUUUAUUUAUUUCAUGUGGAUGCUUUCAGACUUGAGCUGAUUCUUAGAUAAGGGCUUUUUCUCUGCAAGUUCCGUAAUGGAACCGACUCCCUUAGAUUCAGUGCUGUGGAUAGAUAACAGAAAGCCCACAGAAAUGUUACCAGUUUUCCUGCUCAUACCGUAGAGGCAGCUUGAGUGACAGGUUAGGUGAGUUACUUGCCUGGAAGGAAUUGUUAUUGCCCACAGGUGAGUUGGCUAACUGUAAUGCUACCUUACUCUAGAAUGGCAAAGUUUGUUGAGGCAUGAAAAUGUAAUGGGGGGGGGGGGAGCAACUUACUAGGCCAAUUGCUGUUCCAACUGAAUUUUGUUUUACUUCACCCUGUUAGUCAAUAUUUUUCCAGCAGUUGUUUGAGUCCAUGGACAUGUGUUUCCAGGGAACGUGAAUCACUGAUCCUGAGGGUUUUUGUUUUUCUCCGUUAGUUAAAUCUUCCAGAUUGACAGGGAUAUUCCAGUGGUUUUCAACCAAAUUGUUCUAACUUAUCAGCUGAAGUAAAAACUCUUCUCUUCAAUUAUAGUUUAUCUAGCUCAGUAGUUCCCAGAACUAUUUGCAAAGUGGACAUGGUAUUAUUUUUCAAAAUAAUACCAUCUGUCCCCAUUUUUUUACUUUACUAAAACCACGUAGCUUCAUUUUUUGCUUCUUUUUUUAAAGUUAGAUUGUCUACACUUAACAACCCCCUGCUUCUUAAGAAUUAAAAGAUUUCUGAUAAGAAGCUACCUGUCAAAAUAUCUGGCAUAUUUGAGACCACUGAAGUGCAAUUAUUCCAUCACAGCUGGGGGUGAAAGAAUGAGGGAGGCUAAUAUCAAAUUAAGCUUGAAACCAUGGCAUAGCGGAAACACAAAUAAUACAUUCUGACAGCAGGAUUUGUGAGUGUUGGCUGGGAUCCAAAGGGCCACACAAAGUGUUCUGGAUGUGCACUGAAGCUUUUCAAACUCUCCCUCCACCAUGAUCACCCAAGCCCUUUGUAUGCUCUGAAAAGCCAGUUCUGAAUGCCAGGCAAGCCACCUGAGCGGUUUUCAUUGCAUUGCGAAAAGUUGCAUCCGGAAGAGGGGGAAAUUAGCAAUCCCUUCAUGUCUAAGGAGGGGCCUAGGUGGUGGUUGUAAUGGCUACUACUCAAUUUAUUUAUGCACCAUUAAAAUCACAGAAUGGUUUACUGGAAUAAAGCCAGUUCAUCAAGUAAAAUAAUAAAUGAUUAAACUGGCAACAGCAAAAGAGUAUUUCCUGUAGGCACAAAGCAGCUUGAUGGAGGUUGAGCACCCAGGUGGCUGUCCUGGUCCAUGGGAUCAUAGAAUUGUAAUGUUGGAAAGAGACCCUGAGGAUCAUCUAGUCCCACCCGCCUCUGUCCCCUGCAAUGCGGGAAUAUGCAGUUGUCCCAUACUGGGAUUGAAUCUGCAACCUUGGUGUCAUCAGCACCAUGCUCUAGCCAGCUGAGCUAUCCAGGCUAUGCAGGUCCCUUUUAGAAUUUUGUCCUGGCAUGGAUCAGCUAACUGGAGAUAAAAACAGUGGGUUAGACAGAGGGACCUUGUUGCAUUUCCAUGCUGCGCAGCGCUAGCCCUUUCAGCAUUGCACAGCAAAGAAGUUGACCGGCAACAAGGACACGGUUCUCUUCCUCCACGGUCUGCUUGGUAUUUCUGAGCUGUGUGUCAACUAAAGGGGAACCAAGUUUCUGUGUGUGAGAAUGGGAUGUGAGCUUCAACUUCACCCACUUUGAGGUAAGCAGCCUCCAACCUCUUUCCCCUGGGAGAAUGGGGCCAUUGGUGGCUGUGGAGAGACUUUAUCCCUCCUGCUUUAGUUUCAAUGAAACACUGUGUCCGUUCAGUUCCAUGUUUCCAGGCUUUGAUUCUGCAGUUGUGAGUAUGUGGCCAGCGGUAGCAGUGGUUGGAAUAGAGUGCGUGCACAUUACCUGCUUGUGAGGUUUCGUAUCCAUCAGCUUCCCCUCCCCUCCCCUUCUUCUGCACCAUGCAUGUUUACCUUUGCACCAUCUCUGUGGGAGACAUUGGUACUAGCUGUUAAAAUCAUAGAAUUGUAGAGUUGGAAGGGACCACAAGGCUCAAGAACCCAUGACUCUGAGAUUAAUCUCAGCAGAGCUAUCCAUCCCAGUGAGAAAGCAUUGUUCCACCACUGCAGUUUAGUGAAGACAGCAUACACUUCAGAGAGAGGGAGACAUGGGAGAUACCCUGGUUACUUGCGCUUUGUCCUUCUGUCCACAGACAUAGGCAGAUGCUGUUGGGGACUCGUGUCUGACAGUACACUUGAAGUGGUUUGGAGUUUGCAGUGUUCUCUUAACGUUUGUACGGAAUGCUGUCUUUUAGUGCAUAGUACCCUUUAUCCAGUUUCAGUCACCAAAGUUUCCCCCUUCUGAGCUCUGCAGUAUGCAUAAGUUUAAGCUGCAGACAUAUAUAGCCCAUGCUGUUCACACUGGCUGGAGCUAAUGGGAAUUAUAGUCCAAAACAUUUGAAUGGCACCAGAUUUUUGCAGCGUCACAUGCUGUUUAUUAGUGAGCUCUGUUUGGUGCCUUGGCAGAAAGUUUGUGUACUCAUCCUUUCAGGCAAUUGUCAUUUUUUCCAGCUCUAUAAAAUCUUCAAAAGGGGGGGGGGGGGACAGAAGGAUAUAAUUAAAUGCACGCACUCUGUACUGACUUUUAUUGCCCAGUGCAAUUGGUCCCCCAAAGUACAGAAUCUUGGCUGAUCUUUGUAGCGGUAGUUCCGUCUAUAAUAAGUGUUGCUCAGCAGCAGGGUGAUCCUUGAUGAAAUGAAAGCUGUCAAACAGCAGUAUUAGGCGCAGGGCUCCUCACAUUUCCAAUCACCAAAAUGGUACCUCAUUAAAAAAACAAACACAAGUUUGGUAAAUGAAAGACGUUUUCUCAAAUACAUAGAUUUUCCAUAACUUUGAAACGGGUGUGGAAUCUGCAGUCCUCCAGAUGUUAUUGGAUUGCAAAUCCAUCUCUCUGACUGUUGGCUAUGCUGAUUGAGACUGAUGGGAGUUCGAGUCCAACAUAUGAAAGACUUCAGACCCCUGGAUCUCUGUUCUCAAAACACUGCUUACUUGCUCUUGUUUUGUGUGCUGUGAAACCACACUGGGUAUUAUUGUUCUACGAAUCAAACACUUCCUUUGUAUGAUACUCUCGUAAAAGACACAUUGUAAAACAUCAGCCAUUGAAAAUAUCGUCUGUUUCAAUAAACUGGUUUAUUUUCUGGUACAUAGUAUUUGCUCUUUAACACUUGCGCUUAUCUGGUAUUUGCUGAAGAGAGAGGGAAUGUGACAGAGGUUUGGGCGCCACAAAUAAUGCUUCAUGAAUGUUCCAUUCAAACUCUAAUGGAUUUGCAUGUUUCCACCAUUGUGAGGCAAAUUGCCAACUGCUAAUAGAGGAGGCCAUUGAUAACUAAAUUAUGGAUAUAUAAAGCACUCUCGAACAUAUUUAUAGCAUUAACUAUUACAUAAGUAAUAAGACUAACUCUACGGUCUUUGUACUCUUGGCAGCUGCUACCCUGUUCUGAUGCUGGCAUAAUGUAGUAACAGGGCUGUUCAGCCAGCAGCGGAAUCUACAUCAUUGCAAUAGCUGCAGAAACCGCAAUUUACACUGACAGCUAGUUCCACAAUCCUGGGAAGUUCUAUCACUAGUAGUUGAGCACAGUGUUGCAUGCUGAUUGCGCCCACAUUAAUGAGCAGAAAAAGCAAGGAGAUCAGCAGCUACAACUACAAUAUACAGCUGUCUGCUGCUCAGUGGGAAAGGGCAACGUAAGAGGAAGAGAGUAUUGGUCUUGGGAGUCCUUUCAAUGGAGGUGUAAAUGUGUCCCCGGCAAAGCCAAGCCUAUCCUGAGAUGGUCCUGCUGGCACCGGUAAUUUUACGGCAUGCAUUUCAUGGGUUUGGGUUUAUUUGUCGUUGUGCAUUUAAAGACCAUAUUAAAAAAUGGACACAUUGGCUGCAAUGAGCACACACUGCCUCUGUGCUUGUAGGCUCCUUUAGUCUGUUCUAUGAGCCAGGGAAAUCCUCUCUGUGCCUUGGGGACAAAUGUAUGAAAAUGGGAAGCACACGUGUAUUUGUGUGUGUGUAUGUAGCUCUGUUUGAGUCUACAGAGUUUUACGUUGUGCUAUUAAUAAAUCUUUGACUAGAACACCGUCUGUGUUCGACAAGCUUAAGCCUGUUUUAAUCAAUUGUACAAAUAAGUUAAAUGUAAGCAACUCAUCCUACAGUUGUUGUUGUUGGGUUUAAUUGGUGGCAGCAUAGUUAAUAUCACAGCAGUUGAUUAAAUAUUAAACGGAACUUCUGGUUCAAGCGUUAUGUAUGCUGACUUAGCUCCACAUUAAGAAAUGGAUCUACUGUUCAAAAUACAUGAUCGAUACAAAUUUGCUCAGCGUGGAUUAAUGUACCACUUCCUUUUCUGUCAAACCUGUAGACAUCUUCCAAAACAAUGUUAAGAUGGGCUGCCAAAGAGAGGCAGAUGAGAACUCCCACUGUGAACCAGGAAAGUCUUAACACAUUUAGAUAAAAUGGAAAAACUGAUAGUUAACCGUGAGCAUUAGAAGUCUGUGCUCUCCCACAUAUUACUGAAAUCUGUUGGAUAGGAAAUUAACCCAGUAUCAUUUGUGUCCACCAGGUUUCAAGAUAUAGCACCAAUUCAAAUUUGAGGAAGCAUAGCCCUGGUCACUACGUACUCCUGGUCAGGUACCCUGUUCAACAGUUGGCCUGUUUUUAGUUCUGUACCUGGUAUCUGUUUUAAUUAUAUUGUUUUAUAUAUUAAUGUGAUUAUUAUUAAUUUGUUGUAGUUUAAGGAAAGGUUUUUGAAUCUCCUUAAAUUAUGGAUAGGAGUGAAUGAUUGCACCUUAGCACUCCAGUUGGAUAUGGGACAGGUAAGGAAGAUAAUAUCAUGUUUCUGUUUCUAGUCCAAAGCAUAAUCUUAACUUAUAUUUUAAGGAGCUGUUUAUAGUCUCUGGGCAGAUGUUGAUUUUGGUAGCAGUAUUUUCCCACUUUGCUUUUUUGAAGAAUGAAGAAAGAAAGAGAUCCUUGGGACUACUAACGACACCACAUGUCACCCGUGUUUGACAUAGCUAUUGAUGUCCAAAUGGGGGUGGAGUGGGGGAUCUAAGAUGAGUAAUCAUUUGGGCCAGUGGGUCAGAAGCCUGCUAGCCUACCAUGUGCUUGUGUGUGAGACUGGUUGGGAAAGAGAUGGGUAGGACUACAAUUAAAGAAGCCAGCUAAGACAUCUGGCUAUAAAAUACAUGCUUGAUUGGUAUAAGUUACUCCAACCUUUUGCAAUAUUACAUGAGUAGCCAUAAUAAUAAUAAUAAUGCUUUUGUGACCUUAGGAGGCUGGCAUACGUUGACUGCAGUGAUUCACUAGCUUGGUGGGUUACAAGUUUCAAAGCCUGAUGUAAGACACAGGAGGAGUUGGGCUACAUGUCUGCUCUGUUCUACUCCUGAUAUAUUAAGCAACUUCAACAGCACUGGGGUGAAAACAGCAACAGCUGGAGUCAUUUAGGCCAAUAUGGAGAAAUGGUAUUGCCUGGUUGCACCACAUGGUAGCUUGGUUAGUGUGUACACACACACACAAGUCCUGCUUAUUGUACUCCUCACUCCACGUAUAGAUUAUGAUGGGAGUAUUGCCAGGCAGGCCAGUAUAAUGUAGUAAUAUUCUGCUUGUGUGCCUAGAACUUCAGGCAUGAAAUGGUUUGCAACAUCUAUCUGGGUAAGGCUCAGAUAAGGCCACCCAGUGGGAUGUGAAACUAAGUGGAUUCAAACUCUCACACAUUCAAGUCUACAACACACCACGCUGUUAUAUGCAUUGCAUAGAAAGCCAUUGCUUUUUUAGGAUGGAAAAAUGAGGUUCCCACCCGCAUCCAUUCUAAAGAGCUUUAUUUUUUUUAAAUUAAGAGACCAUGCUCAAGUGGAGUUGGGAGAGCAAACUUACUGACUUUUUCUUUUCUUAAGGCUUACUAAAUGCGUUAAAAUCAGCAGACUAAGGAAUGUGGAAGAUGUAUUGCUGUAUUUAGUCCCAGAGACUAAGAAAUAUAAGGCACUUACUUAACUUUGUGGCCCAGGGAGGAUAGAACACCAUUAACAUGACUAAUACCAUUGCAGCUGUUAAAGUGACCCACCCUGUCCCUAACUGCUGGGAUAAAAAUGAGUUUAACACUUCUGGAUUGCUUUGUAAGUCUUUUUUUGAGGGGGGUCAUUAUUUCACAAUAACGUGGGGAUGCCUCUAAUAUUUAUGUAGGCACUUGCAGUCAUGAUGUCAAAUUGAUCAGAAGGUCGGCGGUUUGAAUCCCCGUGAUGGGGUGAGCUCCCAUUGCUUGGUCCCAGCUCCUGCCCACCUAGCAGUUCGAAAGAAUGUCAAAGUGCAAGUAGAUAAAUAGGUACUGCUCCGGCAGGAAGGUAAACGGCGUUUCUGUGCACUGCUCUAGUUCACCAGAAGCGGCUUAGUCAUGCUGGUCACAUGACCAGGAAGCUGUCUGUGGACAAAUGCCGGCUCCCUCAGCCUAUAGAGCGAGAUGAGCGCUGCAACCCCAGAGUUGUCCGCGACUGGACCUAAUGGUCAAGGGGUACCUUUACUAAGGCUGCAAUACUAAUCCAUUUACCCACGAGUAGGCUCCAUUGAAUUUUGUAGGUCUUACUUUUGAGUACACAUGGUUUGGCUUACACUGUGAGUCCUGCUUAACUCAGUGGAACUGAGUUCUGAGUAGACAUACCUAAGAUGGUGCUAUGAGUUUAUCUCUCUUGGAAAGUGUCAUGGAAUAGUGAGUGACGCUAAAUUUUUCAGGUAUGUUUGCUCCAAACUAGGAUUGUAUAUACAGUAGUACCUCGGGUUACAGAUGCUUCAGGUUACAGACUCUGCUAAUCCAGAAAUAGUACCUCGGGUUAAGAACUUUGCUUCAGGAUGAGGACAGAAAUCGCACAGCGGCAGCAGGAGGCCCCAUUAGCUAAAGUGGUACCUCAGGUUAAGAACAGUCUCAGGUUAAGAACACACCUCUAGAACGAAUUAAGUACUUAACCUGAGGUACCACUGUAAUCUGAAUGGAAUGGAACCCAGAUGGACCAAAUAACAGUUCCUUCAAGUGAGCCACUUGCUAAUAUCCACCCCUCAAAAAUCCCUUUUCUGUCCAGAUAUAUAAUAGACCAGUAGGCUGGUAAAGUUUUGGACACAUCUUCCAGACUGUCUUGUAUAAUUCUGUGCUCUGUGACACCUACCAAUGGAUAGUUUCAUGAACGGAAGCUAUAUGAAAUAUAGCUGACAAAUAGAUGACUAGCUUUAGUAAUUUAUUUCAGUUUCAGCUAAACCCUGGAAAAUCUUGUUCAACAAACAAUUCAGAAUUUGACAGCUGCCAACGUGGGUUAGUCUUUUCAUUGUCUACUAAAUAUGCUUAACACAUUGUUCUGAUUUCUACAACAGACUGUCCUUGCUGUUAAAAAGUUAGUAAAUCAAUACGCUUGCUUGACUGCCCUAUCUGGGAAUGUCUUUAGAUGCAUACAAAGCAUACAAAGCCUUUUUCAUAACAACCAGUGUUAUGAAAACAAUGCAAGGUGAUCAUACAAGGCUGUAUAAAGUACUGAACUUUGCUUCUGAGUAGUAUGACAGUAGCUGAAAAGAAUGUUACAUCAUACAGUACAGAUUGUCAUUUACUUUUCUUUCAGUUGUUAUUUACUUUUCUUUGCUUAACGGGGCUUCAUCCUCAGUGAUGCAGUUCUAAUUAAGAAAUGCUGCUGUCAGCUACUUUGAUGUUCGGAAUAAAAGUGCAGAUAGGGUUCUUUUUUUAAAAAAAGAGGAUGUAAGAAAAGCUCUGCUGGAUUGGACUAUCAGGGGUCAGCAAACUUUUUCAGCAGGGGGGCCGGUCCAGUGGCCCUCAGACCUUGUGGGGGGCCGGACUAUAUGGGGGGGGGGAUGAACGUAUUCCUAUGCCCCACAAAUAACAAAGAGAUGCAUUUUAAAUAAAAGGGCACAUUCUACUCAUAUAAAAAUAUGCUGAUUCCCAGACCGUCCACGGGCCGGAUUUAGAAGGCGAUUGGGCCGCAUCCGGCCCCCGGGCCUUAGUUUGCCUACCCAUAGACUAGUUCUUCAUCCUGCUCUCAGAGUUCACAAUCAAUUAGCUAUGGAAAGUCCUCAAGCAGCACAUUAGGGCAAUGGCCCUGUCCCUUUGUGGUCUCCCAGCAACUUGUGUUCAGUGAAAUAUUACCUCUGAUCCUGAAUGUAGCACUUCAGUAGCCUUAUUCUCCAUGAAUUUAUAUUGAUUCCCUUUUAAAGGCAUCUAAACUUGCGGCCGUCGCUUCAUCUUAUUCGAAGCAAAUUCUACACUUUAACUACGUGCUGUGUGUAAAGAAAGCGCUUCUUUUUAAUCUGUCUUGAAUAUCCUACCAUUCAGUUACAUCGAAUGGUAUUUUUUAUCAGCUUUCUUCACAACAUGCAUAAUGUUAUAAAUAAAUCCAUUAUGCCUUUCCUUACUCAUCCUUUUUUUUUCUCUCAGCAAAAAAGCCCCCAAACAUUUUAAUUUUCCUUGGUUGCGUCAACUUCCCCAAUCAUUUUGGUCACAAUUUGCUUUUGGUUUUAAUUUAUGUUGCUGAGCUUGUUCCUGUUGGAAAGCUGGGGUUUGUAAGAGGUGGUGUGGUUACUGCCCUGGCUUCCUUGCCCCCGUUGCUAAACUUGGGUGCUUCAACUUCUAUUCUCCUUGCUAAUUUCCUGCAACUUCUGCUGCAGACAAGGAAGUCUGCAAGAUAUUUUGGAAACGUAAUUGUCCAAAAAGUAGAAAUGCCAGAAAUAUCCCUAGUAAGUUUGCAAGAAAAGCGGAGCAACGGGGGAAGGCACCAGCUGUUGGAAAGGAAACUGCUAAAUAUAGGAAUGCUGGUUAGGGCUCUGCAAAAUUUUGUGGGUGAGAUGGAGGGAUGUCGUUGGGGUGUGUGGGCAGGGGAGGGAGAAGGGCAGCAGUAUUUCAAGUGACUCAGCAUAAUCAGAGUCAUACUUGGGGAAAUACCUUUGCAUUACUAGGGCUAUUGGUGCGGACAGAACAAUUAACAUGUCCAGAACUGCUCUGACAGAUUCCCCUUAGCUUGCUGGAAAUGCAAAUCAGAAUCUCUUCUAGCUUCCCCAACCAAGCAGUGGGGUGAGCGAGAGGGAAGAGCAGAAAAGCAUGCAAGGCAAAGCCUUCCACACCCACUGAAACUUACGCCUUAGUCAGGCUGUGUGUGUAUGUUCCCACUUUGCCAUUGUUCAGCUUCUUCCCAAACAACUGAGCUGCAGGGGUUAAAUCUCCCCAACUCAAACUGCUUAGCAGCUGGUACAGAAACAGCUGAUUUAGGGCCAGGAGGGUAGUAGUUCUCCCACUCAGGGUGCUGAGCCGAGGGGGGUGCAAAAUUGAGAAGAUCCAUAAUUAAGAAGAUGCAUUUGGGGGCGCCAAAUUUUGGCCUUGCACUGGGCGCUAUAUUACGAAAGAUUAUCCAAUAUGCCUCUGCCAAUUUUCUUCUUUCUCUUUGAUAUUCUGUAAGUGCCGCAGUGCUAACUGUGGCACAGAGAACACCACCUCAGCUCAGUAAAGCAGAACCCAAGGCUACUUCGAGAGGAGAAAAGAAACACUGAAAUAACUCUACCAUUCCUUUAACCAGAGAUUGUAUUAAAUGCUUGACUGGGAUUUACAAACAUACCAGCUUUUCUUAGCACAAUGGGUUGAUGAAUGUGAUAUUUUGACCAUUUGCAGCCCCUUUUAGCAGAGUUUACAUCAACAUUUUUGCAAUUUAUUUUUUAAAAAUGAUUUUGUUGCUCACUUUUUAUUUUAACUUUCAGACCGCUCAGGAAUCGGUGUAUUUGCUCCUAUUCCCUGCAAGUAAAGGUUCUUGACACUUAGGGAGAGAAAACAACAUUAAAUUUGACAUAACAGAUUCUUAAACUCUAUUGUAAGUGCUGUAAUUCCCACAGGUGAUUCAAAGGGUGUUUUCUCUUCACUCUUGACAUUGGUAUUAAGAAGAUUAGCAUGUGUAAAUAGGUUAUGAAUUUCUCAGUACGCAUUAAGGGCAAUGAUGAUUUUCAGUUUUCAUCACAUUGUGGCUAAGAUGUUAAAGGCACUAUCAGAUACUGACCCCCAAUAUUCUGCCUGGAGGUAAAAUUGAGAGUGGACCUCAGUGGUCCUUUAUAAUCCCUUCUCUGACUCAUUCUGGAAAGAAAGUUACAGGUCAGCUGGGAGUUUCUGUGUUUUGUUUAAAUGCAGGCAUCCUGUGUCGGUUUGAAUGUGUUACUUUCUUCCCACCCACCCCCAUGGAGGGAGCAUAAAACAAGAUGCACACUUCUCAUCUUGGAGAGCCAAGUAAUAUCUGAACAAGCGCUAAGAACUAAUCACUUUUGAGAAUAAAUCCAAGCCACCAUUAACUUUGUCUCAAAACAAACUCUGUUAUGCGAGAUGUAGACCUUAGUUGUCAGCAGUUGCAGUGCUGAUAUGGAUCAUUUAACAAGUUUCUGACCGAGUAAUUGUUGUAUUGUGGCACCUUUUUUAUUGAGAUAUGAUUUCUCAGAGUAAGUUAUAUUGUUCAGCGUGGCAGGGGGGGAAAGCUGACUCCAGGAGUUUUACCACUAAACAAUAUAACUUGCGUAAUUUUCCGUAGCGAUAGCUAUCCUCUGAACAACGUGAAGGAAAAUUGUGAAUAAUGAACUGAGAAACUAUGAGCAAACAGCAUAAGAAGCCAUUCCUGAUUUAGGACUUCUUUCCAAAGAUGACAUUUUGGAAGGAGUUUACAGAUCUUACUCACUUCAACGUAAUGUGUAAAAUUACAACACAAUGAUCAUCACAGUCUCUCAGAAAAAAAUAUUUUUUUCCUACCAGACAACUUUAGGACCAGAACUCUGUGUAGCUGACCUGGUUUUCGGCUGGCAAGGCUGUGGUUCAGAUAUUCUGUAACAGAGGUGGUGUCACUGGGGGUCAGUCAGCAGACUUCAGAAGAAAACAAAAUGUGAAUUCAGCUGGCUUUCCAUAAUAGAAGGUUUUACAUAAGUGCUUGACAAUGACUUACCAUUGGGCUUUUUAGAGAGUGCAAGUUUAAACAGGCAGACCUGGAGGGAGUCCUCUUAAACAUAUAACUAUCUGAACUUUGAGAAGCCUACAUAAUACAGUUGUUUACACUAGUGACUUCUGGAUAUUUCAAGCACUUAGUGUAGAAGGAAAGAGAGAGAAUCUGGGGGGACUUCCGGGGGCGGCGCGAACGGUAAUGGCGGUCUUCUCCCGACCGGAGAAGAAGCUCCGCUGAAACCGGGUCGUCCGCUACGGCGAAGCGGAGACCCAGUGAGAAAAACCCCAGGCAGCAAGAGCCUGGGGUCCUGAGGCUCGGCGGGCGCCAAGAGCAGCCCUCCAACUGCAGAAGGAGCCUCGUAAGAGGCUCCGGAGCGUGGAGGGGGGGCUGCGGCGCUGUGAGCCGUUUCACAGUCAGCGGAGUGAAGCCGCGCUGCUGCUGCCGGUGAGCGCUGAUCCCUUUUCCUGUUAAAAUUCGGACCUGGAAGAAAACAACUUACUCGUGAGUAAAGACUGAAUCACUUGGAAUUACAAAUUUUAAAUGAGAAGGUUUAAAUUGACUUGAAUUUGGCUGAAAGCGGAGAGACGUGGAAACAGGAAGUCCGUCUUCCGCUGCCAUUGAACUUGGAAAAAAAAAAAGCAACUAAGGUGGAGGAGUGGAGGCUGAAAGAAAGAGAUUUUAAACUCUACACAGCCAAGCAUCUAUGGAACUUACAAUUUAAAGUAAAAUUAGCAAGUUAAAGAUUUGGACCUUUUAUUUGCACUUGACUUUCCCCUUUUAUUGGAUUACAAAUUGGAAGGUGAAACCCAGAGUCAGGACUGCCUGAGCAUUGUAACAGUGGGCUGUCAGUGUUUGACUUGGAUACUGUAUACUGGAAGUUGCAACAAUUUGAGGGCAUUGAGACAUUUUAAAUUUGAAACAUUCUUUUUGGAGACAAAUAAGCACUGUCUGCAACAAAGUGAUUACCUUUAAACUCUGCUUAAUACUUAUAUUGGAAGGUUCUGGGACAUUAAAUCAGACUCUGAAAAGACAUUUUAAGCUCCCUCUAGAGGAUUGGAUUAAAACAGUGACUUUAUAAAAACAUUUACUUUCGAUUCUCUUGUUGUCUGCUUGCUCUGGGACUCUCUAUUCCUGUGGGAAAAACUCAGUGUGACCUUGACUGAUAGAUAACAUUGGAAUGAGUGGUACAAGAAGAAGAGGAAGAGUUAGACAAACAACUCUAACAAAUCUAACCUCAGCCUCGCAGACACGUAGAUCAUCUGUGCCUACUUUGCCCUCAGAAGUACAACUUGAAGAAGCUGCCUUGCCACAGGCAAAAGAGGGAGAGGGUGAAGUAGAGCAGUUACAAUUGGAAGAUAUGGCCUCAGGAGCAUCUGCUUCUGUGCUAGAAAAAAUCUUUGAAAAAUUGGAAGCUUUGGACAAGAAAGUAGAUGCGCAAUCAGCAAAGAUUGAUAAAAAUACAGAGUGUCUAAACAAAUUAACUACACAGGUGGGACAGAAUACACAAGCAAUUGGACAGUUGACGGAGGCCUCAGUAGAAAAUCGAAAAUUGGCUGAGGACACCAGACAAAAAUUGGAAAAUUUAGAGCAAGAGGUAAGACCACUCACUAAACAAGUUGGGGAACAUCAGAUUUAUCUUUCUAUGAUAGAACUGCGAAAUCGUGAGAAUAAUCUGAGGAUUAGAUCAUUACAAGAGGCAGAAGAAGGAAAUCUAACUGAGUUUUUGACCAAAGAACUUUCCAAGUUCUGGAAUUUGGAAGAAAAGGACUUUAAAAUUGUGUCAGCUUUCAGACUUGGAAGAUUUAUAAAGAAGGAGAGGCCCAGGGAUUGUUUGAUUACAUUGAGAUCGAAGGAGGAAAGGGAUAAGAUUUUGGGCCUACAUUACGAAAAGUCACUGGAAGUUUUGGAUAGAAGAAUUGAGAUAUAUAAAGAUAUCCCAAGACAACUGUUGGAUCUUAGAGCCGCCUAUUCUGAACUAGCUAAACUAUUAAGGAGCAACGCAAUUCCAUUCAGGUGGGAUUUUCCCCAGGGAUUGUCUUUUACCUUUAGAGCGAGAAAGGUUAAAAUUAGAACAUUGGAAGAGAGAGAUAAAUUUCUGGCUACACACGGAGAGGACCUACAUAAAGGAAUUGAACUACCUUCCGGGCCUGAGGCAAAGCCAGCAUCAAUACCUCCACCUCGGGAACUUGAAGAUCAAGAGAAGACACCACCCCAGGAGAAAUAACCAGAUAGAUCCAGGAUGUCUCUGCAACUGUUGAGCUGGAAUAUUAAUGGUUGCAAUAUCCCGGAGAAAAGGAAGAAAAUUUUUCAUAUAUUAAAAAAAGAACAAUUGGACAUUAUUUGUUUACAAGAAACACAUGUGACGAGGCUCCACAGAAAAGUGUUAACAAAUAAAAGAUUGGGCCAGGAAUUUAUUUCGUCGGAUAAAGUGAAGAAGAGAGGAGUGGUGAUAUAUGCAAAAGAGAGCCUGUCACCUAAAUUUCUAUUUAAAGAUGAACAUGGAAGGAUUUUGGCUAUUGAGAUACAAUAUCAAGGAGAGAAAUUGCUGAUAUUAGGAAUCUAUGCGCCUAAUGAAGGGAAAUCGGAAUUUUACAAGAAGUUGCAGGGGACAAUGCUGGAUCAUCUGGAUUACAACAACAUCAUAAUGAUGGGAGACAUGAACGGGGUCGUGUCAACUAACAUGGACAAGUCGCAAAGUCAAAACAUCACAAAAGAUGGCAGACUACCUAAAACCUUUUUGAAAUGACUGACAAUAUGGACUUGAUCGACAUUUGGAGAACAAAAACCCACUAGGUAGAGAAGGAACAUUCUUUUCUGAAGCCCAACUGACCUGGACAAGAAUCGACCAAAUAUGGAUCUCUAGAGGCCUGGCACCUAGGGUUAGAAAAGUGGAAAUCUGCCCAAAGACCUGUUCUGACCACAACGCAGUAAAGAUGGACAUGACACUACUACCAACUGGAUCCUUUAGAUGGAAGAUGAAUGACAAUUUGUUUAGAGAUCAGGAAAUUACCAAGAAGGCCCAAAAAGUUUUGAAAGAUUAUUUUGAGAUAAAUAUGAACAAUUCGGUGGAAAAAAGAAUCGUCUGGGACGCAAGCAAAGCUGUCAUGAGGGGUUUUCUGAUACAACAGAAUGUAGUAAAGAAAAAAACACAAAAUGAGAAAAAAGACAAAAUUUUGGAUAAAAUAAAAGACUUGGAGAAGAAAUUAAGAGUGAAUCCAAAGUCACAGCCAACUCUGAGAGAAAUUAAACUUUAUCAAACACAGUAUUCUAAAUUGAUAAAUCAGGAAAUUGAAUGGAAGAUCAAAUUAAUGAAACCAAAAACGUUUGAGUCGGCGAAUAAAUGUGGAAAACUGCUAUCUUGGCAGUUGAAGAGAAGACAAAGAUUAAACACGGUUACAAAUUUAGAGGUUGAUGGAAGAAACAUUCAGAAUCCAGUGGACAUUAGAAAGUGUUUCCAGAGAUAUUUUAAACUUAUAUACCCAAGGGCCGCAAGACGAAGUUGAGAUUAAACAAUUUUUGGCAAAAAAUGGAUUAUCUAAACUGUCACAAGAAAAUAGGACAAUCCUGAACUCUAAAAUAACACGACAGGAGAUUGAACAAGCCAUUCAGAACAUGCAACUUAAUUUAUGUUGCUGAGCUUGUUCCUGUUGGAAAGCUGGGGUUUGUAAGAGGUGGUGUGGUUACUGCCCUGGCUUCCUUGCCCCCGUUGCUAAACUUGGGUGCUUCAACUUCUAUUCUCCUUGCUAAUUUCCUGCAACUUCUGCUGCAGACAAGGAAGUCUGCAAGAUAUUUUGGAAACGUAAUUGUCCAAAAAGUAGAAAUGCCAGAAAUAUCCCUAGUAAGUUUGCAAGCAAAGCGGAGCAACGGGGGAAGGCACCAGCUGUUGGAAAGGAAACUGCUAAAUAUAGGAAUGCUGGUUAGGGCUGUGCAAAAUUUUGUGGGUGAGAUGGAGGGAUGUCGUUGGGGUGUGUGGGCAGGGGAGGGAGAAGGGCAGCAGCGUUUCAAGUGACUCAGCAUAAUCAGAGUCAUACUUGGGGAAAUACCUUUGCAUUACUAGGGCUAUUGGUGCGGACAGAACAAUUAACAUGUCCAGAACUGCUCUGACAGAUUCCCCUUAGCUUGCUGGAAAUGCAAAUCAGAAUCUCUUCUAGCUUCCCCAACCAAGCAGUGGGGUGAGCGAGAGGGAAGAGCAGAAAAGCAUGCAAGGCAAAGCCUUCCACACCCACUGAAACUUACGCCUUAGUCAGGCUGUGUGUGUAUGUUCCCACUUUGCCAUUGUUCAGCUUCUUCCCAAACAACUGAGCUGCAGGGGUUAAAUCUCCCCAACUCAAACUGCUUAGCAGCUGGUACAGAAACAGCUGAUUUAGGGCCAGGAGGGUAGUAGUUCUCCCACUCAGGGUGCUGAGCCGAGGGGGGUGCAAAAUUUUGGCCUUGCACUGGGCGCUAUAUUACGAAAGAUUAUCCAAUAUGCCUCUGCCAAUUUUCUUCUUUCUCUUUGAUAUUCUGUAAGUGCCGCAGUGCUAACUGUGGCACAGAGAACACCACCUCAGCUCAGUAAAGCAGAACCCAAGGCUACUUCGAGAGGAGAAAAGAAACACUGAAAUAACUCUACCAUUCCUUUAACCAGAGAUUGUAUUAAAUGCUUGACUGGGAUUUACAAACAUACCAGCUUUUCUUAGCACAAUGGGUUGAUGAAUGUGAUAUUUUGACCAUUUGCAGCCCCUUUUAGCAGAGUUUACAUCAACAUUUUUGCAAUUUAUUUUUAAAAAUGAUUUUGUUGCUCACUUUUUAUUUUAACUUUCAGACCGCUCAGGAAUCGGUGUAUUUGCUCCUAUUCCCUGCAAGUAAAGGUUCUUGACACUUAGGGAGAGAAAACAACAUUAAAUUUGACAUAACAGAUUCUUAAACUCUAUUGUAAGUGCUGUAAUUCCCACAGGUGAUUCAAAGGGUGUUUUCUCUUCACUCUUGACAUUGGUAUUAAGAAGAUUAGCAUGUGUAAAUAGGUUAUGAAUUUCUCAGUACGCAUUAAGGGCAAUGAUGAUUUUCAGUUUUCAUCACAUUGUGGCUAAGAUGUUAAAGGCACUAUCAGAUACUGACCCCCAAUAUUCUGCCUGGAGGUAAAAUUGAGAGUGGACCUCAGUGGUCCUUUAUAAUCCCUUCUCUGACUCAUUCUGGAAAGAAAGUUACAGGUCAGCUGGGAGUUUCUGUGUUUUGUUUAAAUGCAGGCAUCCUGUGUCGGUUUGAAUGUGUUACUUUCUUCCCACCCACCCCCAUGGAGGGAGCAUAAAACAAGAUGCACACUUCUCAUCUUGGAGAGCCAAGUAAUAUCUGAACAAGCGCUAAGAACUAAUCACUUUUGAGAAUAAAUCCAAGCCACCAUUAACUUUGUCUCAAAACAAACUCUGUUAUGCGAGAUGUAGACCUUAGUUGUCAGCAGUUGCAGUGCUGAUAUGGAUCAUUUAACAAGUUUCUGACCGAGUAAUUGUUGUAUUGUGGCACCUUUUUUAUUGAGAUAUGAUUUCUCAGAGUAAGUUAUAUUGUUCAGCGUGGCAGGGGGGGAAAGCUGACUCCAGGAGUUUUACCACUAAACAAUAUAACUUGCGUAAUUUUCCGUAGCGAUAGCUAUCCUCUGAACAACGUGAAGGAAAAUUGUGAAUAAUGAACUGAGAAACUAUGAGCAAACAGCAUAAGAAGCCAUUCCUGAUUUAGGACUUCUUUCCAAAGAUGACAUUUUGGAAGGAGUUUACAGAUCUUACUCACUUCAACGUAAUGUGUAAAAUUACAACACAAUGAUCAUCACAGUCUCUCAGAAAAAAAUAUUUUUUUCCUACCAGACAACUUUAGGACCAGAACUCUGUGUAGCUGACCUGGUUUUCGGCUGGCAAGGCUGUGGUUCAGAUAUUCUGUAACAGAGGUGGUGUCACUGGGGGUCAGUCAGCAGACUUCAGAAGAAAACAAAAUGUGAAUUCAGCUGGCUUUCCAUAAUAGAAGGUUUUACAUAAGUGCUUGACAAUGACUUACCAUUGGGCUUUUUAGAGAGUGCAAGUUUAAACAGGCAGACCUGGAGGGAGUCCUCUUAAACAUAUAACUAUCUGAACUUUGAGAAGCCUACAUAAUACAGUUGUUUACACUAGUGACUUCUGGAUAUUUCAAACACUUAGUGUAGAAGGAAAGAGAGAGAAUCUGGCAGCGAGGUUUCAUUUGUUGUGCCUUAGAUCUCGAAAAGUAGGAUUUGACUCAUGAGAGCUGGUACGGUACAGAACGAUUGUACAAUUAGAAAAGUUUUGACAAAUAUUGAAUCCUAGCAGGGACUGAGUGCCCAGUGCCGCCAGGGUAUUCUUAGAAGCCUCAAAGUUGUGAUUUUUAAAAGGAUAAUAUAAUUUGUAGAUUUUGACCUGUCAGGUAAUGUGUUUUUAUCUUGUAUUUUUAUUCUGUGAACCACCCUGAGAUUUCGUGAUGAAGGGCAGUAUAUAAAUUGAAUAAAUAACAAUAGUAGUAGUAGUAAUGUCAAAAAUCAGGUCAAGUUACACACAGGUAAUGUUCGGUCUACCAUCUUGAUUCAGAAUGGCACCUGGCACUCCCCAUCUCAGUUCAUGCCAAAUUUGGCAGCUGAACCUAUGCCAGAAAACAGGUGAAGUCAUGCCAAAGUGACAUUUCACUCCACAAUAUUGAUUCAGCAUGGUGCCUGGCGUCCAUAUGACAUCAAAGUCCACCACCCAUGCCUCGGAAAUCCCUAUGCUGAGUUUGGUGAUGAUAUCCUGACAGUCACCCAGACACAUAGAGCACAAACAGACAAACCAUUUCCCAACAUAUAUUGUAUAUAUAGUUAGAUGUGAAUUUAAAGGCCACUAGGGAAGAAGGCAUCAGGGCCUUUGAAUGUUUUAUUGAAGUCAAGGAACAGGAUAGAUCUAGAAACCUGUCUUAGAGACAGUGGUACCUCGUGUUACAUAUGCUUCAGGUUACAGACUCCACUAACCCAGAAAUAGUACCUCGGGUUAAGAACUUUGCUUCAGGAUGAGAACAGAAAUCGUGCUCCGGCGGCGUAGCGGUAGCAGGAGGCCCCAUUAGCUAAAGUGGUGCUUCAGGUUAAGAACAGUUUCAGGUUAAGAACGGACCUCCAGAACGAAUUAAGGACCUUAACCCGAGGUACCACUGUAUUUAAGAAGUCACACUAUUUCUGGAUUGGUUAUCUUGAACAGGAGCAGCCAUAAAAUGUUUUCUGAAGCAUCCAAGUGACCUAUGCAUUGGAUAAUCCAGAUCUGAGCUUCAAGAAAAACACAAUUAUCAAAAAGUGAUUUGCAAAACUAAAAUGUUUUUCUUUUCUGGAAAACUUAAGCACGGGAUAUUUCAUAUAUUCAUUUUUGAAUUAAGAUGGAGCUACAUAAGGCAAGAGUGGCAGCCCUGUGUGGAGUGCUGAUAUAACUUAAUGGUUAUAUUUGGUGUCAUUAAGGUGGACAUCUUUCUGCCAAUGACAUGUAGUGAGACACAUGACCAAGUGUACUAACUUACGAUAAUAGGAAUACCAUUUUUGGUGGUAACGCUGUAUUCUGUUCUUAGUCUCUCCUGACAGGAGAGUCUUUUUGGAUGGGCAGAUGUUGGUAUUUUGGAACGCUUUCAACAUAGUUACUUCCUAUGACAACAAGUGAGCCAUAAAGGGACUGUGCAUAUUAGUUCCAUGUGUACAUUUUCAAAUAGUCUAAAUUGUGGAACAGUGACUCUUAAGCGUGUCCUUUCCAAAAACCAUUAAACAGCUGCAGAAAUGUAAAUUCUCAGUUAAAGUACUUCCUUUUGAAUGCUCCUCUGCGAUUCAUUAUAGGCCUUAGUAGACUAUGACUCUCUCUUCUGGUAUGGAAGCGUUGAACUUCAUUCUGUUUGAAAGCUGAAGUUAAAUAUCUGCUAGGGCUCAUCAUCAUAGCCCAAGUGACUUAAUAAUAAUAAAUGCAACAUUAAUUAACAAGUCAUACAAUUUAUAGUUUUAUUGUUAGGAAUAAGUGUUGUAUUAGCUGGGGAGGUGCUAUGCUCUAACUCUGGCAAUAGCAGACAAGUAUAAUUAACCAUAGCAAUAUUUUCCACAAUUUUCUCUCUCUGUCUAUCUCUGUCUCUCUCUCCCCCCCCCCCAAUCCUCUCUUUGGUACUCAUCAAAACAUGCCUCGUGCUGGUUUAAGAUUCUUGGAAAACAGAUACUUCAGUCACUAUGUGUUGUCAGUUAGUCAAUUGCCCAUUGCUGUUUGUUCCAGCACUCAGAAUGUAUUGCAGGUGAAUAGACCACUUCAUCUGUGCUUAUUUAACUUAGUUUCCAAAGGAACAUGAUUGUCUUUUAAGUCUUAAAUUCCUUGAGGAUUAAUAUUGGGGGCGACCUAAAAAGGGGGCCAAAAGCCACACCUGCAAAGGUUAUCAGCCAUCCAGGAUCAUAAAUACUCUGCAGGUGUACAUAUCGCUGUCAUUCUUUAUAAGUCCUUUCUUUUACCUGUGACAACUGAGGUACACAAUGGAAAAGAUUAAAAGGAUCAGGCCUAGUGGGUUAGAUAGACCUAGUUGGAUAAGAGUUAGAAUUAGAUAAACCCAAUGAGAAAUUCUUCCAGAAAUGAAAUAUCCAAGCUUGAGUUCCUAAAUGUCUUGGGUUCAGCUUCAUUAUUAGGUUCUAUGGAAAGUGGUAAAUACAUAUAUUGCGUGCACCUUGGCCUAACUACCAUCUUAGGGAUGUGUACAAAAACCACUGCAUGUAUUUUUAUAUUAUUGUAAUACAGUGGUACCUUGGGUUACAUAUGCUUCAGGUUACAGACUCCGCUAACCCAGAAAUAGUGCUUCAGGUUAAGAACUUUGCUUCAGGAUGAGAACAGAAAUCGUGCUCCGGCAGCGCGGCAGCAGCAGGAGGCCCCAUUAGCUAAAGUGGUGCUUCAGGUUAAGAACAGUUUCAGGUUAAGAACAGACCUCCGGAACGAAUUAAGUACUUAACCGGAGGAACCACUGUACGAUGAUUAUACUUGGUCCCUGUUCAUUACCUUGCUGCAUAUAUAUUUUUUGUAUCAAGUGAAGGUUGAGAUCCUUUUUGAAGGCAGCGCUACAUAUUAUACAUCAUAGCAACCUUACAUUGACUUUCAAGAACAUGAAUCGUUGCAGCAAGAUCAUCCUUAUCCAUAAAAGGGUGCAGUUGGUGCACCAGAUGAUGUUGGUGGAAGCUGCUUUGUACCGCAGAGACCACUUGCGUAGCUGUAGACAAAGAUUGAUCACUACCACCAUAAAGGGAAAAUGCAGCAUUGUUCAGCACAGGCUGAACUCCUACGCCCUGGUUAAGAAAAACAAAAACAAAAAGCCUUGCACUUACAGUGGUGCCUCGCAAGACGAAAUUAAUUCGUUCCGCGAGUUUUUUCGUCUAGCGAAUUUUUCGUCUUGCGAAGCACGAAAUCCCAUAGGAAUGCAUUGAAAUUCAAUUAAUGCGUUCCUAUGGUCAAAAAAGUCCAAACAAAGCCAAAUUUGGUACAACAAGAGUUUAUUAAGUGCUCUUUAAAGUCACACAUACUGUAAAGAGCAUUUCAAAAAUUGAAGGAACAAUAAAUUCAAAAAUUGAAGGAACAAUAAAAAUCAUAAAAAUUCAGAAAAAAACCACACAAGCUUCCAGAUUCUUGCAAACCCCUCCUCAACUGUUCCCCCAGCCACCCACCACACAGAAAUUCAAAUCCAGAUUUUUUUUUAAAAAAACAGCAGAGUGGCCCAAUGGUCACAAAAAAUCAUAAAAAUGCAGGUAAAAAACCACAAGCUUCCAGAUUCUUGCAAACCCCUCCUCAACUGUUCCCCCAGCCACCCACCACACAGAAAUUCAAACCCAGAAUUUUUUUUAUAAAAAAAACAGCAGAGUGGCCCAAUGGUCACAGAAAAUCAUAAAAAUGCAGAAAAAAACACACAAGCUUCCAGAUUCUUGCAAACCCCUCCCCAACACCAAGUCCUUGAAUUCCAAACACCCCAACCCAAAAUCCAAAACCCACCAACAAAGUUUUAAAAGUUUAACUUACCAAAUGGCUGCAAAUGAAGUUUUGGAAAAGCUUCUAAAUUCACCAAAGUCUUCAAAAACCUCAAAAAAGGCUACCACACUGCGUGCUAUGAGUUGCUCCUCGAAGUCAAGUCGCAACUGCACCUCUUCAAGCAAUGCACCCCGGGUAUUAACGGUUUUACGAAAAAGGAAACAAACUUGCAAGACGUUUUCGUCUUGCGAAGCAAGCCCAUAGGGAAAUUCGUCUUGCGAAGCAGCUCAAAAACCGCAAAACCCUUUCGUCUAGCGAGGCAUUCGUCUUGCGGGGCACCACUGUAUAGUACUUCCUUUUGAAAGCUACAGGGAAGUUCUUAAUAUUCAAUUUUCAUAUAGGAUGGCCCUAUGGUUCCUUCUGAUAGUUUGAGAACCUCUAGUCUUCCUACAUGCAUUAAAGCAAUUCUCUGCACUUGCAGUUGCAAAAUAUGCCAAUCCCUGUUGACUUUGCUUUUAUAUUCUAUUUCAGUUUGUGGUUGUAAUAUUAAUAAUGGGUAUAUUCUACUUCUACUUUGCCAUGCUUAUUUUCUACGCAGUAGAAAAUUUGUGUGAUAAGAUACCACCUUCUUCUGCUCAAUGGUAAUGAAUGCCAUGUUUGGCUGUAGGAAUUCUGAGACAUGUUUUCUAUUGCCAAUGUCUCAACUCCAAUAUGUGUAUACCCAGUCCUCCUUCAGACUAAUCUGGUGGUGGCCAACCUGUGGUCCUCAAGAUGCUGCUGGACUUCAACUCCCAUCUGCCCCAGCUGCAUGGCCAACAGUCAAGGUUAAUGGGAGCUGUAGUGAGGCAGCAUCUAGAAGACCACAGGUGAGAUGCUCCUGGUCUAAUAUCUCUAAUCACAGGGGAACAUGGAAUCUGUUUGGGGAUAAAACUGAACACCAGUUCUUAGAGUAGGAAGUGAACCCUAACAAAUGACAAAGCCACUAUACAUAUUUCAUCUUGUGAUAAUAUAUAACAAUAGUUACCUUGGGCAUGGUGCAGUGUAGAUUGAUCUUUGCUUUGCUGCCAAGUGAGGCUGGUGACUUCAACUUCUAACAAAAAUAAUGUAAGAGGAGCAGUGCUGGAUCAGACCAAGCAGCUAUCUGGCCCAGCAUCCUCUUUCUCACAGUGGCUAGCAAGUUGUCUCUGGAGAGCCCCAAAACAGAGCUUGAGGGCAAUAGCCCUCUCCUGCUGUCCCCCAACAACUGGUAUUCAGAGGCAAAGUCAUGAGAUGAGAAUUCUCCUGGGUUCUAAGAGUGACAUUCUUGGGUUCUAAGGUAUGAGGUUCUCCUGGGUUCUAAGGUAUGAGAUUUUACUCCAUUAAUCAAAUUUGUCUUCAUCAAGUUGUGCUUUGGGAUCCAGUGGCAGGAAAUUACCGUAUUUUUUACUCUAUAAGACUCACUUUUCCCCUCCUAAAAUGUAAGGGGAAAUGUGUGUGCGUCUUAUGGAGCGAAUGCAGGCUGCACAGCUAUCCCAGAAGCCAGAACAGCAAGAGGGAUUGCUGCUUUCACUGCGUAGCGAUCCCUCUUGCUGUUCUGGCUUCUGAGAUUCAGAAUAUUUUUUUUCUUGUUUUCCUCCUCCAAAAACUAGGUGCGUCUUGUGGUCUGGUGCAUCUUAUAGAGCGAAAAAUACGGUAAUUGCUUACAUUGCCUCCCCCCAAUUUGCUUGAGUUCUGUUUGUGAGGAGAUCUAGCAAUGUUUUUAAAAAUGGCACUUGACUAGUUUUCCACAGACCUGGCAGUGUGUCAGAACAGUGAACUAAGAAGUCCAAACUAGGACAGCAAAAGCAUUGUUCUUGUGUUCACGGCAGGAAGCUUGUUCUAAUGUCUCUGACUGUUGGUUCAGUUCCAGAGCACUUUAUUGGAGUUUCAGUGCAAGGGUGAAAUAGUUAAAGCAAAUGGAUAAAGCAGAACAAAAUGGAGAAUAGCCAGAUUCUAGUAACUAUUAACUUAAUGAAAUGCAUUAUGAUGAAUGGAUGAUAUAGUUAUUUCAAAGAUAUACAUGCGAUGUUACACCUUCCCCCACCCAAACAUUGCCUUGCCUACUUCCCAGCACAUACUUGGACUCGUGAUUUAAGAUCCAUAGUGAUGUGCUAGUACCGUAUCACACAGCACAGACAAAGCUGUUGUCCAAGAAUGGAUGGUGCUCUAGCAAAAAUAUGGCCAUAUUUCAAGCUAGGUUUUCACUUAAAUUGUGUGGUGCAGAUGUAUCACAUCUCUGUGUGGUUGAGGCCAUGGAUUUACGGAGAUGCUCUGUUGUUCUUCCCCCACCCCCAAAAUGCUUCAUCGUUUGCAAAGAACAAGGUUCCUGGAUUAUUAACGUCUUCAAGCUAGAAAUGCUUAAUAUUAUUGAAGAGUAGAGCACUACAGUGGCCAAGCUGGUCUUUAAGGAUCCAGUGUUUUGAGUUUGUCAGCAGCACAUCUUCACAUUCCUUCUCAUUGAUGCAGUGUUUGUCUACAUACUUGGGUUGCAAUGAAGAAGUAGAUGAAUUAUAAUGUGGUUGGGAUGUAAUAUAUGGCAAUAUUUACCCAGUAUGCUGGAUAUGACUGAGAUAAUAAUAAUAGAAACCUGAUAGCCUUCAUUCUUUUUAAGGCUGAGUUUUGGCUUCCAUUUGCUGCCUCAUAUCGCUUUACCAUCUACCAUUGCCAUUAAUUUUUAUGUAUCAUCUAAUCUUCAGGUGUUAUGUAUAUUCUCAAAUAUAUUGCAUGUAAUGUAAAAUGGCUUUAAUGGCAGUCUGAGACCAUGCACAUGUUUUGAAUAUCAAACAAUUAAUUACUAGGUUUGUUGAACAUUAAAGCUAAAGUUGCAGUUGAAGCAAUCGUCGUAAACAAGGCAAACUAAUAAAAAUGAAAUGAGCCUGAAGCGCAAGUUUCAAUUAUGGGCAUGCUUUUAGAACAAAGCCUCUUGGCAAUCAUGAACAGUUCAAGUGUAGUCUUUGUGCACUGAAGCGUUGAGAUUUCGCUUUGUCUCAUCUUCCUCUUCUCUGUGGCCCAAACAGUAGCUGCAGAGCCUUGGUUUAUUUACUUCAUGUGUACGGCUUGCUCCUCUCUGUUGAGUCCACUCAGCUUCACCACACUGUGGCGUGUUUAAAACUGGAACAGUUGGGGGCACAUAGAGGCCAGGAGAUAAGCAUAAGUAGAGUUUGAGGGAGGCGACAGCCACAACUCUGCCACAACUGUAGGGCCUGAGUGUUUUUUCUAAAGUGGGGGAACACUGGUAAGAAGGCGCUAUCUGCCAAAGUGAACUCCACUGCCAUUACUAAGGAGAGAAUCCAGUAGGGACUUCGUCUGAGCUCAGAAAGCACUACAACAGUGUUUCCCAAACUUGGCCCCCCAGCUGUUUAUGGACUACAACUCCCAUCAUCCCUAGCUAGCAAGACCAGUGGUCAGGGGUGAUGGGAAUUGUAGUCCGUAAACAGCUUGAAACCCAAGUUUGGGGAACACCACAAUAGAAGCUUCCUUCAUGCUCAGCUAUCUGAAUCCUAGAGUAUAUUUCAAAUAUGUACUAUAAUCUGUAGUAAUUCUAUGUAAUAUAUACCGUAUUUUCCGUCCCAUAGGACGCUCCGUCCCAUAGGACGCACCUAGUUUUUGGGGGGGGAAAUAAAGGAAUUUUUUUCCCCUUUAUUUCCCCCCCCAAACCAGGUUGGGGAAACCGAACCAGGUCAAGGAACAGCGGGAUGGUGGCGCUGCGCCUCCUUGCUGUCCCCCGAGCUUGUGGGGCUGGCCGAUGUCUGUCCGGCGGGCGGGGCACUCUGCUUCAGGGCGCCCCUCGCGCCGGGCGGCAGGCUGCUAUCCGCAGCAUAGACAGCCCUGCGGGACCUCCUGCAGGGCUGCCUAGGCUGCGGAUGUGUUCCCGAAGCGCCGGGCGCUCUGCUUUCAGCACGCCCGGCGCUCCGGGAAGCAGGCUGCUAUCCGCAGCCUAGGCAGCCCUGCGGGAGUUCCCUAGGGCUGCCUAGGCUGCGGGUGUGUUCCUGAAGCCUGGAGAGCGAGAGGGGCUGGUGCCCACCGACCCCUCUCGCUCUCCAAGCUUCAGCGAAAGCCUGCAUUCGCCCCAUAGGACGCACCCAGAUUUCCCCUUCAUUUUUGGAGGGGAAAAAGUGCGUCCUAUAGGGCGAAAAAUACGGUAGAUAUGUAAGUGCUGUGUGAGAGAAUUCAGCAGCCAGGUUGCUCACUGGGGUGAGAAGGUUUGAGCAUAUAAUGCCCAUCCUGGCCUGACUGCACUGGCUGCCAAUUAGUUUCUGGGCCUGGUUAAAAUGUCACCUGCUCCCCUAUAAAGCCUAAAAUGGCUCAGGACCACAAAACCUCACGGACCACCUCUCCCCAUAUAAACAGACCUGAACCCUGCAAUCAUCAUCUGAGGCCCUUCUUCAUGUGCCUCCUUCAUGAGAGGCCCAGAGGGUAGCAACAUGAGAAGAGGCCUUUUCUCUGGUGGCUCCUUUAAAACUGUGUUGGGGGGGUUGUUUUUGUUUCUAAGUAUGUUACAUAUUUUUGUGUUUUAAUUUUGUAAACUGCCCUAUGAUCCUUGGAUGAAGGGCAGUAUAGAAAAUUGAUCAAUAAAUAGAAUAAAAUAAAUAGAUACACUUGGUACAGAAACCUCCAGUGACUCACUAUGUAGGAUGGACAUUGGGUUGCUGAACUAGAGAUGAGAAUUUGGUCCCUAGCAAGGGGGUGGGAAGAAUAUGGCUCUUCCAGGGAACAGGGGAGCUAAGUCAGCAGCAAAAGAGUAACAGAGCCUGGGAUUAAAAUAUAUACUGCAAGCUCCACAGUUCAGUUCCUUCAAUCUUGACCCCCGACCCCCAGCUGGACCUCGUUUUCAAAAGAUGCUGAACUAGAUAGACUGUCAAUUUCAUUCAGCAGGACUGCUCUUAUGAUUGUGUCUUUCUAAAAACAAAAAAGUAGCUUCUGUAUUGAAGUACUGUAUCCUAGUAUCUGUUUUCUUUGUGUGAUUAUAUUUAUAUUUUUCAAUUCACUAAAUAAGUAGAAGACAGAACGUAGUAUCUAAAAGCAAUGUGGGUGUGUGUCAUCUUGUUCAAUUUAGAUUUUUUUUCCUGGCUUGUGUUUUACAGGAUCAGUUCGACAAUUUAGACAAGCACACACAGUGGGGCAUUGACUUCCUGGAAAAAUAUGCAAAAUUCGUUAAAGAAAGGAUAGAGAUUGAACAGAAUUAUGCAAAGCAAUUGAGGUAAGCUUUAUUUUACAAGUUCCAUUUCCCUUCAAACUUCUAUUACCUUUUAAACUGUUUUGGUGUUUUGUUUUUAUUUCCUAAUUAUAUUUUUAGUUAAAAGUAGUUCCCGUACUGUAGGAGAAAUCGAAUAUGCAAAUAUUGUUGUCCUGGAAAAAUAGCCAUACUUGAUCCACGUAGCUAAAAUCACCUUUUCUUUUCCAUCUGAAUUGGUUACUCCUUACUACAGAUUCACGGGCAACAUGAUUUUUUAUCCCCCUGUUGCAGCAAAAGUAGAGACAUGUUUGUCAUUCAACACAAGCUUGCAAGUAGCAUAGCAUGCUUUGCAAAGCAAGCAAGGCAGAGAUGGACUGUCUUGAUCAAUAUGCAUUGAAUGGAGGAGCCCCUUAACUGUGUUACACUGAGGACUGGUGCUGUGGCUCACAUUUCUUCCAUUAUGGUUGCUAUGGGGGUGCUCGAAAAACCUCUGAAUUAAAAUUCGAGUGCUCCCUUAUUUUCUUUUAAGGCUGUAAAGCUUAUCUGUGUGUAAAGGCGUAAAUAUACUCGCAUCCAGAAUUGCUUUGCUGCAUCCACUGCAGCUGCUUUGUAUUGCUGAAGAGGCAAGCUGUGUUGUCUUUUGUGCUUCCGUCAGCAUGUGGUGCAAACAUCAAAGAAACCUCAGCAUUUUCCUCUACUAUCUUCAUUUUCAUUUGUGGGUAGGCACCACUGGCCACCUUUGGAAAGCAAGGGGAAAUCCUGUUGCUCUAGUUUUUCUAGCCAGUUCCCCUUGCAUGUACUGGGAACUGUAGACAUGUUUCUCCUGGGUGAGUUGUAAGAGGCACUGAGCAGUGACCCUGCUCUGGAAGAAACCCUUCUGCAGUACUGCAUGGAGACAGCCUCCCCCUGAGUCAAAACAGUAGUGCUGAAGACUUCUGUUUUAUGUAGAAGCAUAGAAGAUCGGCAGGGAAUCUUGUAAUAGAUUCUGGAGACCCAGUCCUUUAAUAUGCACAGCAAAGCAUAGAACAGGGGUCAGCAAGGUUUACCUUGCCUGGGCCGGUUCACUCCAGUGGAGAUCCCUCCGUGGGCCGCAUUGCACGUGCGCCCGUGAUUGUCUGCGUAGACAUGAUUUCCAGCGUCUGUGCAGAUGUGAUUUCCUGCGCCACGAAAGCAAGUCCCCGCAACGCGCUGCACCAGUUUAGCGCAGCGGGUGGCUCAAUUCAGGGGUUGCUCGUGAGCUGGUUGAACGACCCCUGUGGGCUGCUUGUGGCCCAUGGGCCUUAGGCUGCCGACCCCUGGCAUAGAAUCAAAUUAUUUGACCCAUUGAAAUGAAUGGACAACAUAGUAAUGUUGAUUCAUUUCAGCUGGUCUGCUCCAUGAGAAAAAAUUAGUUGACUACCACCUAUCAUGCCUUAGCAAACGAAGCUUCAAUAUUCUUUUCUUGUUUUGACACAUGCAGAGUCUGUAUCUCUGUAUUAUCAGAAUUGCAGGAAAAAUAAAUGUAGAGCUGCAUAAUAAAGUGUGUGCACUGCUUUUCUCUACCAGUUUAUUGAGUGGCCUUUUGGCUGUGAACUUUUCCACAUGGAACUUAACCGAUAUAUUUUAAGCCUCUUUUCCAUGAACAGUGUAAACAAGUAAUCCGCUUGCAUGUAUUAUUUUCUGUGCGGGGGUCCAUAGGUAAAAAGCGACAACUGUUUUAAGUGUAUGCGUAUCUUAAUUUUCGGUGUUAACUGAUCUACUAUAUAUGCAUUUUUUAAAAGACUUCACCUUUCAAGUAACCUGGGCUUGUAGUUUCUUCUGAAAUGGUAGUAAUUUGGGAUGUAUGCCGAUGUGCUCUAUUUUUACUUCAAUCUUGUCUUAGAAGCUAGUACUCUAAAGAAAAAUUGGGAAUUCCAAGAUAAAUAAUGGGGAACAGUCUUGAAUCUCAGAAAGUUCUGGAUCUGAGCCUCAGUUGCUCUUACCUUCUCUGUCUGCAUUCAGUUGCAAACAGGACCUGACUCCAUUGUGGGGGUUUUGUUUUUGUUUUGCAAUUAUCCAUUCUAAUCCUAGAUACAUAAGGAUACAUCAAGUUAUCAGCUGUUGUUUAUGAUUAAAGUAGCCAAUGUUGAUUUAAAAGGGGAAACAGUUUGUUCUGUUUACUUCCUCUCUUGACUACAGCUAAGUGUUCUAAAGGCUAACUUACUUUCUUCUUAUAAGCAACUGUUGUUGUUCUUUUCACAUUAAUACUCAUGUCCUGAGUGCAGCUUUGUUGAGCUGUAUAUAUAAACGCUCAUCUUCAUAAUAACCGAGUGGCUAGGAGACAAAAGUUUUGCGAGUUUGCCUGACUUCUUUUCUCUGAAUAAAUGAGUAAUGUGUAUUCCAUAUUCUAGAUUUCCAGUCAAGGACAAUUCCGUUGUAACACGAUACAGCAAGGUAUCUAGAGGGAAUUCCUGGAUUUGAAAGCUGAAGAAAGUUGCUUAAAUGGCUUGAUUAUCUUCUGCAGUGGGAAACUAUGUAAUUGUGCACAGCCAAAUGAAGAUUUAGUUACCUAAAUGACUAUAUUUAGAAACUUGGCAAGCUGUCUGGAUGCUCUACUAGUUUGAAUUCUAAAUUGGAAACAAAUGGUCACGAUGUGGGCCCUUGUUUCUGAAGGCUGUUCUUCUUUAAUUGAAAUUGAAAACAUAAGAUGUUGAUUAUUAUCCAAAUGUAGAUGUGGCAGACUUUCCUUGAACAACUGUGCAAAUGGACUCUUAUUCAAAAGAGAUUCAGUGCUGAAAGUUAUUCCUCCCCAUUAUUAUUUACAAAAGUUUUUAUCGGAGGUAGAAUGCCUUUGUUUCAUGAACAGAACGCUGCAGCUAGCCUGGUGACUGGAAGCAGCUUCCGGGACCAUAUAACUGGUCCUAAAGGAUCUUCACUGGCUCCCAGUACGUUUCCGAGCACAAUUCAAAGUGCUGGUGCUGACCUUUAAAGCCCAAAGGGCCUUGGCCAAGUGUACCUGAAGGAGUGUCUCCAUCCUCAUCGUUCACUGAGGUGAAGUCCUCUUCCAAGGGUCUUCUGGUGGUUUCCUCACUGCAAGAGGUGAAGUUACAGGGAACCAGGCAGAGGGCCUUCUCGGCAAGUGGCACCCUCCCUGUGGAACACCCUCCCUUCAGGUGUCAAGGAGAUAAAGAACUACACAACUUUUAGAAGACGUCUGAAGGCAGCCCUGUAUCAGGAAGUUCUUAAUGUUUGACGUUUUACUAUGCUUUUAUAUGUUCUGUAAGUCACCCAGAGGGCUGGGGAAACCCAGCCAGAUGGGCCGGGUGUUGUUGUUUAGUCGUGACCGACUCUUCAUGACCCCAUGGACCAGAGCACGCCAGGCACUCCUCUCUCCCACUGCCUCCCGCUGUUUGGUCAAACUCAUGCUGGUGGCUUCGAGAACACUGUCCAACCAUCUCGUCCUCUGUCGUCCCCUUCUCCUUGUGCCCUCCAUCUUUCCCAACAUCAGGGUCUUUUCCAGGGAGUCUCUUCUCAUGAGGUGGCCAAAGUAUUGGAGCCUCAGCUUCAGGAUCUGUCCUUCCAGUGAGCACUCAGGGCUGAUUUCCUUCAGAAAUGGGCCGGGUAUAAAUAAUAAAAUUAUUACUAUUAUUAUCAUCAUUAUUACAUGCAGUGCGCAAUCCAGCCAAAGCUGGUUCUGAAGACCUAUUGAUUUCACUGAGAAAGUUAAGCAAGUGUUUAAAUUUCUUCCAGUGAAACCUAAUUAAAUACAGUGGCGGUGACAAAUUCUUUUUUCCAUGGAGGAUUCUGGAGAUAAGGCAGGACACCACUGUGAAAAAGGCCCUAUUUUUAGUCACCAUUCAGCUAUGAAAUGGUGCAUCUGAUUCAUUACUAUGUAACAGUACAAAGUGAAAUCCACUAGUUAGCGUUCCUUUUCUUUUGUGAAUGCAGUAGAUAACAAUAGUACUAGAACUCUGAUCAUAACCAUUUAAAUUAGAUUUGUGACUAUCACAAACUAGAAAUCUCGGGUGAGAGUUCUAUAUGACGUUGAAUCUGAACAAGCAAAAAUAGUACAGCUUCUAUCCGAAUUUUUUUGUUUUAAGUGUUCAAAUCCAAAGAUUCCAGGGCAGUGUACGACAUUAAGAAGACGUCUUACAGAGCAUAAUACUAAAAACAUAAUAAAAAGCAUAAUACAAAAAUAAUAAUAAAAUAACCAUAACAGUCUCUGCCCCCCGCCCCCCAGCUUUAACAGGCCAUAGAUUAUUUAAUGGCCAACAUCCUGGGUAAAGAGGAAUGUUUUGCCUGGCACUUAAAGACAUGUAAUGAUGGUGUCAGGUGAGCCUCUUUAGGGAAAGCAUUCCACAGACAGGGAGCCACCACAGAAAAGGCCCAUUAUAAUGUUGCCACCCUCUGAAUCUCCUGAGGACUUAGAGUGCCUUGGGUGACAAACACAGGGUCCAGGUCGGCUCAUAUGGGGAGAGGCAGUCUUUAUAAAGUAUUGAGGUCCUGAGCCGUGUAAGGCUUUAUAGGGGAGUGGGUGGCAUUGUGGUCUAAACUACUGAGCCUCUUGGGCUUGCCGAUCGGAAGGUUGGCGGUUCAAAUCCACGUGGCGAGGUGAGUUCCCGUUGCUCUGUCCCAGCUCCUGCCAACCUAGCAACUCAAAAGCACACCAGUGCAAGUAGAUAAAUAGGUACUGUUGUGGCGGGAAGGUAAACAGUGUUUCUGUGCGCUGUGGCACUCCUCACGGUACCCCAUUGCACCAGAAGUGGUUUAGUCCUGCUGGACAAACGCCAGCUCCCUCGGCCUGAAGUGAGAUGAGCGCCACACCCCAUAGUUGACUGGACUUAACCAUCCAGGGGUCCUUUUCGCCUUUGCCCCUUUUACCUUUAUAGGUCAACACCAGCACAUUGAAACUAAUUGGCAGCCAGAGCAGCCGGGCCUGGAUUGCUAGUUGCCCUGGUGCAUUUUUAUGCAUUGCAGCCUUUUUAGGGAUUUAGUGCCAAUACUACCGUAUUGCAAAUGGCAGAACCUGGAUUAGCUGUCUGCAUGGCAAUUAGUAAUCUGCAGUUGUGACCCUCCCCCACUGUCAGUCCAGUCUGUCAGGGAGUAUGCAUGCGUGUGCUUUCCUGGUAAGUAUUUUCCAUUCUUAUCUGCAACACACCAGAAAAUCUCUUCAAAAGACUCUCUUGUGCAGUUGCCUGGUUACAGCAUUAUUGUUUCGUCUCCUGAAUAAUAAUGAGUUAGAUUUUAAGCCUUCCCACUUUGCUCAGCUCUGUGCAGCAGACAUAGAGAUUAAAGAUGGAUAACGUAACGUAGAAAGGUAUGGCUUUAGGUAGCUUAAGAAUGACAUUUCCCUCUUUUUGGCCAGAUCUAUCGUCGUCUACCUUUAGUAUAUGUUUUCCCAAAACAAGCAACGUAGUCCAGUAUCUAAAAAUUCUUUAAUAUAUUCAGAGUGCCAUAAUAAAUCUUAUAUUUAUAUUUGGCAAUAUGAUUUUUAUUAUCAAAAUCUCAAUACUGAGACUUCCUGAAAUAUGGAGGGAAGCAUCAGAAUCAUGUGCUUUGUCAUAACAGUGUAUCUAGUAGGUGGGGAAACUGGUGAGAUAAUAAAUACCCAACAAAUUCUACGGGGACACAUUUCAUAGCAGGCUGUAAAGCAGGGGUCAGCAACCUAAGGCCCACGAGGCUUGUCUAACCAGCCCAUGGAGACCUUCACUGCCUGCUUUUACCGGCGCAGCGUGGGGACAGUCUUCUGGGUUGAUGGCUCCUGUGCGCAUGCGCACGGGUGCUCCUCCGACCCGGAUGUACACCAGAAAUAGCGUGCGCACAUGUGCGGGACGGCGAAGUGCGCAUGUGCACACACUAUUUUCAGUGCAGUUCCGGAUUGGAGGAGCGCCAGAAAUAGCUUGUGUGCAUGUGCACGGGCGCUCCUCUGACCCGGAAGAGUGCGCAUGCACACACGCUCCGGCCCAUCCUCCAACGGCCGGAGUGUCGACCCACCCAUCCUCGGAUAAGGUCACCAAACUCUGCUGUAAAGGGUUGUGCCUACCUCCCCAGAACCUUUUUCACCAUGGGAAUGCUUUCAGCUGGGGUUGUCAGCCACCUAAAGGUUUGUUAAAACUGAUUUAUCAUUUUCGUCUUUGCCAGUUUGUCAAUUACCUAGAAAUUUGGUGGGUGGGAUGGGAAGGUGGCAUGGGGUGGGGAAACAGAAUAGAGUAUCCCAAAGGAGGGUGGCUGCCUAGCUGAACAGGAGCACUCCUGUUCAGAGGUAAGGCUACACUGCAACAUUUUGUUGCCGGUUGCUUUCUAUUAACAAAGCCUCCACAAAGGUGCCUUUUGAGAUACUAAAGGAGGUGUUAAUAUAAUGUAUGACCUAAUGAACAAGAGAUACUACUUAAGAAAGGUCUUUUAAUAGCUGAAAAAUUGUUCCCCUUACAGUAACAUAUCAGAACCCAAGGAGCCUUGAAAAAUAACAUAAGUGUCCUUAGCAUUCAGACUUGCUGAUUAAAAUUGUCUCACCCCCUCCAACCUUGAUUUGUCAACAGACUAAGCUGAUUAAAACUUGCAUUCCGAGUUACACCAUUAAGGAAGGUAAAAAAACCUAACAAGCUCCUUCUAAAAAUAACUUGUUUUUGCAAGUAAAAUCACGCCUGCAAAAUGCACAGGCUGUUACGGCUCAGUGCAUUAUUUGUGUAAGGUAACUUCCCUGUUGUAUAUUACUGAAGCAUGAGAGUAUAAUCUGAAUUUUUAAAUGCACAAAACUAUAGCCCACUCAAAUUGCUGCAUAAUAGUGAACUCUACUAUGUGCAUUCAGCGAUGACUCAAACCUUUGGGAUGCUGGAAUACCAGCUGAGAAUCUGGAAUACCAGCUGAGAAUCGUUUACAUUUUGUUCAGUGGUGCACAUUCAGUGUUGUUAGGUUACAUUGGUCCUGUUGAACAGGGCUGUCUUACACAGCCCCCCCCCCCAGGUUGCCCAGUCCCGGGCGUGCAGGAGGGUGGAGCCGCCCGUCCGCCUCAGCAUCUCACUGGCUUGGUCGCCCCUGAACUCCUGGUGCAAAGCGGCGCUCCGACCAACGGGUGGGCUCUUCUCCAGACUCAACUCUCCGGCCCCGGACUCUUGGCCUGGCGCCCCUGAGAGCCUGGGGCCCGGGUGCCCUGCACCCCUAGCGCUUAUGCAUAAGACGGCCCUGCUGUUUAAUUUGAUAUGUUACAAGUGCAUGGUUUUCUUCCACACAUGUGGAAGAUGGAGUGUUUCAUUCACUCAGUUCUUUCUUCAAGUGAACGAAACAAUAUAGUUUACCUUCUAUCCCUGACAAGCACGUACUUGGUUUGUUGAACAUUAAAACUAGCCUAUUAUUUCCAAGCCAUUAUUGUUGUUGUUGUUACAGCAGGGUUGGUGCCUGUUUCCCCCCAAAUAGCAUUAAAUUGGAACAUUGCCCUACCUUCCCCUUAGUAUGUAAGUGUGAGCAUCCAGAUAACCUUAUUGUCUGUUCCUUGUGUAAUAUAUUUGGAAUCCCUGCCCUUAUCUUAUAUUUGACAUUCCUCCUGAGCCCAGUAGGAUUGGGUUUGUGGCACCUUACAUUGACUGUGGACCAACUUAGGUUCUCAUGCUUCUGGCUUGGCUGUGCUAGUUCUUGGUCACGGAAAAAAAGCAGCUGCACAAACAAAGCGAUUUGUCAGAAAUUCAGAAUUUUCCUGGGAAAGUACUGUCAAGUUUGCAGCUAUUUUCCCCGAGGAUGAAAUUUACUUUGGCAUGUUUGUGUGUGUUGUUGUGUUUCCGGAUCUUAUAAAUCUGCUUGCAUCCGUUCUUGACAUCCAUUCCAUUCUGAUAAAUUCCAGAAAGUCUUGCUUGUGUAGCUGCACCUUCUUUGCAUUACAUGGUUGUGUUUCCAUUAUCUAUAUUGCCCUAGAAACUAUUUGGCACUGACAUAAUGCCAUUAAACAAAAGUGUGAUUUGUGGGAGUCUUAGCUUUGGAGUGGGCCUUCCAUACUGCAAUAGUAGGGUUUCCUAAAUUUGUCAUAGCCAACUGACUUCCCCUUUGGAAAGAAAACUAAUUUACUCCCAUAGGGAAAAAGGGAACUAAACAUCACUGUUUGUUGUGAUGUAUCAUACAGUUCUUUCUUUAGUAUAACCCAAACAAAGCUGUUAGCUUUACAUUUCAUAUACAGUCAUACCUUGGUUUUCAAACAGCUUAGUUCUCGAACAUUUUGGCUCCUGAACCCUACAAACCCGGAAGUGAGUGUUCCAGUUUUCAAACGUUUUUUUGGAAGCUGAACAUCCAGCAGGAUGUUCCUGCAGCCAAUCAGAAGCCAUGCUUUGGUUUGUGAAAGUUUUGGAAGUUGAACGGACUUCCGGAACGGAUUCUGUUCAACUUCCAACUGUACUAUUAUUAUUAUUACUAGUAGACCCAAGUGCUUUUUGAAGAGAUGGGUUGAGAACCCAGAUCUCUGGCAUAACAGAAUACAUUUUCAUCAACAUUCUAUCAUGGCCUCUUAAACUGAAUGUGUUAACCAUAUGUUAACGUUUAAAUCAAACCAUCUUCCAUAGUUUCCCUUUGUGGGGAAAGUUUCCUAUUGUCAUCAGCUCUUUCUAUUUUUAAAUAACUCAAAAACCUCUUUAUUUCUUCAUUGCUAACUUCUGUGACUUUUCUUUCCCUGGGAUUAUGUGAAUGUUGUAGUGUUUAGACGCAAUAUAACUUUUAUAUACCCAAUGAGUAUAGCAAGAGAGUUUGACUUUAAGGUUUGAUAAUAAAACCAGGAUCCGUAGUGGGACUAAUAGCCCAAGGGGAAAGUUGUACAGAAGUUUAGUUCCAUUCUUUAAUGCAUCGCUUGGGGAAAGAAAAUAGAUUUCCUGCUGAAGAACAUGAAAUAUAUACAUUAUUCCUUUGUGGGAAUAUUUGUGGGCAGUGAAGUAACUUGAGGCCUCUGGAAUCCUUGGAAUUCCUGCUGAACUCUUUAAAAUGUAUUAAACUAGGCAUUCUGUUACUGCUGCUGCUCUUUAACAUCAUCUGGAGAAUAGCCUAUUCUGUCUGGCUGAAACAAGGCAUCUUUUUACCAUACUGGAAAGAGGCUGCUAAGAAGUAUAUUAUAAUUAUUCAUUAGAAAUUAAUUUGCAGUGUCUAUAGGACAAUUCUCAUUCUCUCUCUCUCUCUCUUCUCUCUCCCCCCCCCCCCCCCAGUUUUUGGCCCCUGUCUUUGUUUUAGUCGUUCUACUCUGGAUAAGCAUAAGAUAAAAACAAUAGGUUGGCCUUGUUCCUAGUUGCUCAGCGGUGGAACAAUUUUCACUCCUUCCUGCUUGCAACAUUUGCGAGAAUUCAGGCACCCAUGUUUAUUAGAACCAAGGGCAUUGUGUGUUUAUUUUGUCCAGAAACGGAUAGAUAUUAAAACAUGCACCUCACUUUGAUGCUUUUCGUCAAUCACUUCAUUCUCUUGUACGACAGCUCCUCAACUUAUAAUAUUGUAGGCAGGAAAAUAAGCUUCUUUUCUGUUUUGGUUUCUGAGAAGAAUAAAUUGUGACUGUUUCAUUAUCAUAAACUACAUCUUUAGCAUGUACUCCGGGAUCCUUGUUUCUGAUAAAUUAUUUAUUGUCAAGAAAAACAUCUUAAUGUUGUGAGGAAUCGAGGUAUAUUCUGACGGAGGUGCUGGCAUUCAGAAAUGAUUACAUCACAAGGUGUUUAUUGAAGUUGAUCCUCUUCACAGGAGAUAUGUGAACUGUAAACUGAGGACAAAGGGCUGUUUUCUUACUCACCUAGUUUGAGACUGAUCCUUAGACAAAUGCUAACAUAAAUUUAUUAAUGUCCUUAUUUUCUUCCCUUAACAGAAAUCUGGUGAAGAAGUACUGUCCUAAACGUUCAUCCAAAGAUGAAGAACCCAGGUAAAAUGAACAUUAGUUUUCUAUUAUCUGUCAGGAAAAGAAAUAUCACAGUGUUCAAUGACUCUUAUUCUCUGGAAAUACUUUGAACGAGGGCCUCCGUCCUAAAUAUUUUUACAUAUCUGUGUACCUUUGUGAUAGGCUGGUGUGUUUUUUUACCUCCACUUGUGUGGUAGUAAGCUCAAUUUAAUUCAAUAGGACUUGCUUGCAAGUAGACCUAGUUAGGAUUGUUCCAUUAAUUUCAUACCAGCUUACAUUAGAGUUUGGUUUUUAAUGACCAAAUAUAAGGGUUGUCUCUGUAUUCAGAAAUCAGAAAGCGAAGACAUUAUUAAAACUUUCUGCACUGCUUUCCAAAGGAUGUUGAAUAUUUAAGUUUUGAGAUCAUGUUUAACUCUUCUGAGAAUCCCUAACAUUAUACCCAUGUAGCUUUGCUGUGAAUUCUAAGACUUGGUUCUCACACACAACACAGCAGAUGAGGAAGUAAAUUAGACUCUGGGCUGUACCACAUAUUUUAGGUAGGAAGUAAUGGCUGAAUGCUCUACCAUACAAAAGAAAUUCCAUGUGCAGAAAACUGGCAUAUUGGGAAGAAUGCUAGAAUUCUUCUCCCUUGGCAUCUAGUUUUCUUUAUGGAGUUAAUCAGUAGUAUUCCGCAUUACAGUGGUGCCCCGCAAGACGAAUGCCUCGCAAGACGAAAAACUCGCUAGACGAAAGGGUUUUGCGUUUUUUGAGUCGUUCCGCAAGACGAAUUUCCCUAUGGGAUUGCUUCGCAAGACGAAACGUCUUGCGAGUUCUUGUGAGUUUGUUUCCUUUUUCUUAAAGCCGCUAAGCCGUUAAUAGCCACUAAGCCGUUAAUAGCCGCUAAGCCGCUAAUAGCCGUGCUUAGAGACUCGCAGAACGGAUUAAUUUCGUCUUGCGAGGCACCACUGUACUACUCUUCAUGAGUAGCCCCACUGAAGUUAAUGGACAUGGCUAACUUAGGUUGAGAAAUUUCAGCGGAUCUGGUCUAAGUAGCACUUGGUUCAAUAUCACCAAGUGUUUCAUAGGGAGAAUCGCCGAACCACACAAUCCCCCAUCCGGUAUCUGAAAUAGGUAAAGUCCAGAAGUCGUUUUAUCUCCUCAUUUUUGCUGUUUUGCCAACUAGACCUGAAUUCAUUAUUUUAGCAAUGUUCUUUUUGUUGCAUUUCUAGACACCAGCCGUGGCACAUUAAUUUUCUUUAGCUCAAAGCCAAACUUAAGUAUGGUGACACUUUGCAGUGUCAGCGCCCCCUGAUUAAAAGGCGGUGAGUUGAGUGCUGCAAAGUGUUGUUUUAUUUUUGGAAAAGGUUCCUUUCUGAAGCUGUACAUUGAAAACUACUAUAGAGGAACGCUGCAAAGCUGUAUGUCCUUGUCAGUCUUGGCUUGUUGGGUGGAGUAACUUUCUCUCUAUUCUGUACUUUAUAUAGUUAACUGUCUUUCAGCAUAGUAUAAGGGAGAAAAUAGCAAACACUCACCACCACCAACCUACUAACAUUGAUUGCUUGGCCAUCCUUAACACGGGGGGGGGGGGGGCGUGAAAUUCAGGUUAUUCCAUUAUUACCAGUGUGGACAGCACAGGAAGCAUCAAUUUUUUUCAGAUGCCCUGGUCAGAGAUUGUUCAAGGCUGAUUUUACAAUUGAAGUCCAUCAUUGAAGGAAGACGGUAUUCACUGGCUUACAAGAGACCAAAUUUGGUCAUCUAGCCCAAAAUCCAAUUAUUGAUGAGAUUUAAGUUUCAUUAGCCAAACAUUAUUUCUCAUGGAAGAUCAUUUUGAGCCCCUCUGCUUCAUUUUAACCUUUUUUUUUUAAAGAACAAAACAAAACACAAACCUAGAUGACAGGACUUCCAGAAGCUGAUAUGGAGCUCAAGACCUGAACAUUUAAAAGAGAUGGCAAACAUUCCACAGGCUUAUGAGGUCUUAUACAAAAAUAAAAAAAAUACAGUGACAUGUUUGUUUGUUUCUCCCUUCCAUACACAUUUUCUCCCCUUAUUUUUUCCUCCUUCUUCCCACCCUGCUCCCCCCUUUGUUUUAGUGCCAGCAAUAGUGUGGCACCCUUCCCCUCCAACCAAAGAGGUGAGCAGGCAAACAGGCAGCUGUCUUCAGAGCUGGUAGCAAACUUGUUCAGUAGAUCCAUCCAUCGGGGUGCAUAGGAGUGGCAUGGUUGGCAUGUUCCACCCUCAAGAUCAAGCAAAAUCAUCUCUGCAACAAGUUCAGCUUCCCAAGCCUAGGAAAUUAAGUCCUUUCCUAGGCUCAGUCCUUCUUCCAUUUCGCAUCUUAGGAGAUACCACUAUACUGCAGGGCUUUCCAGGUAGUGUUCUUUAUUCUUUUCUACCUUUUGAAAUCUGUUUUCAUUUUUUAAAAAACAACAAGCAAUGUGCGUGAAGAGAAGUCUAUUUGGGGCAUCUCCACUGUGCAUCUUUCUGCAAUUCAUUUUAUCAAGGUUGUACCCCGUGCUAAUUGUGACAUGUUUUAUGGUCCGUUUAUGGAACAAAAGCUGUAACUUCCGGAUAAAUAGAAAGAUGACAUUUGUUUCCCUCCUUCUUCUUCACUGUGUAUUGCCAGGUUUACCUCAUGUAUAGCCUUUUAUAAUAUCCUUAACGAGUUAAACGACUACGCGGGACAGAGAGAAGUAGUAGCAGAAGAACUGGGACAUAGGGUAUAUGGAGAACUGAUGAGAUAUUCCCAUGAACUCAAAACAGAAAGGAAAAUGGUAAAUCACGAGGGGUUCACGAUUGUAGAAUUUAUGCGAUUAUUCUUUUCACUGUUAUCAAGGUCUCGUCUGUUGGACCAAAUCUUCUUCGGUGUAGCAGUGGUGCACAAAUUUGAAUUGCAUGGUUUUUUUCCAUACUUCUGUGACAAGAGAACAGUGUACCACAAAAGCACGUAUGCUUCUGAACAGAAUGAAAGGCCACCCAAUUUAAUAAAGCAUUGCUUGCUAUGUUACCUUUUAGAAUGUUAGUGUUUGUGCAGUCCAUUCCUCCAGGUGCCUGCUUAGAAGCCAGUCGCGCUGCACAACAUUCAGGAAUAAUGGCUUGUCUCUUACUCGGGUGUGUUUUAGGAUUGCAGCCUUUUUUAUACUUCGAUUGUAUGCCUCCUCAGGUGUUAUGGAGAGUCGGAAUACAAACGACUGAAACAAAUAACUUUGUGUUUUUGAUUCUGUGGACAACUGUUGUCUGUUGUAAAGGCAUUUAAAGUACAGUCGUACCUUGGUUCUGGAACGCCUUGCGACUUGAACGUCUUGGCUCCCGAAUGCCGCAAACCCGGAAGUGAAUAUUGCGGUUUGCAAACCUUUUUUGGAAGCCGAACAUCCGACGCAGCUUCCACGGCUUCCGAUUGAGUGCAGGAAGCUCCUGCAGCCAAUCAGAAGCUGCGCCUUGGUUUUUGAACCUUUCUGGAAGUUGAACGGACUUCCAGAACGGAUUCCGGUUGAGAACCAAGGUACGACUGUAUCUUUUAAUUCUCACACAUUGGUCUGAGAAUUAAAACGUGUGUCACAGCCCAGAGCCAUGCAUUUAAGGGAGCUGCACGUGCAUUCGCUGGUCUUUGCCACUGUACGCCAAGUUAUUUUUAUUCAGAUUAUAAAGUCAUGAGCCUGGACCCUGGUAGAUUUGAAUGUUGCUGUCUGGUGCUUAGAAAAUUUUAGGUGCUUUUAGAAUAAAACGCUACCCAAUGAUACCGUUAUGAAGGUGCUGUUGAGUUUUAAUAGCUUGACUCCAUCAGGCACAGGAGAUGCGGUAUCAAAAACUAAAAGACAAACCCCCACUGCACUCAUGGUGCAGUUUUCUUGUGCACAUUUAUAAUGUCACCAUAGAAAUAAGGUAAUAUUUUCAAGUAGAACUGAUGUUUGUCCAGUUGUUUCACUAACAAAAUGGGUGGAAAUCCAGUUCCUUCUGCUGUAUUUCAGUAGAUUGGAGAGCAGUGGAAAGUGUGGAACGUUUUUCUUUUGGAGGAAGCAAUGUGCAUUGUGGUUUGCUGAAACAGGUUUGUUUCCUCCAUGCAGUAGCGAGGAGGAAAUAAACAGACCCAAGUAGGUUUACUUUGAGGUGCAAACUAGGCCACUGUUGUUGUUCGGGUUUCUUUAGUACACGCAAGUAAAAGACUGUAAAUGCCAUAUCAGAUUUUGAAAGAAAAAGAAAUUAAAACCCUCUCGUCGUAAUUUCGCAGCACCUUCAAGAGGGUCGAAAAGCUCAGCAGUAUCUUGACAUGUGUUGGAAGCAGAUGGAUAAUGUAAGUUUUCUUCUCUCUUCUCGCCCCUAUCUUUUCCUGUUUACUUUUAGGAUUACAAAGUUUGGUGGGCAAUUGUUAAAGAAAUUAACUGAAGAUUACCUUUGUUAUCAUUGUUAUCUUUGUUAAAUAGACCAGAUAGAUUGCUGUGUUUGCAGAGAUCAUAACAGCCCAUAACUUCUAAGUGUGCAACCUAUUGCGCAAUUCAGUGUGCAGCUCAGCAGGAAUUCUGCCUUGAAGGAUUUACAGACUUCAGCUAUGUCAGAAUUUAUUGAAAAUGCCUCCCAGCUCUAUGAUUCUUAACUUGGUUGCUGAAAUCAGCCCCCAGCACAGUAGAAUGGCAGAUCUAAAUAUAUGUUGCUUUCGGGAUCUUUUAAAAACAAGUGAGGAUUUUGCAAGUGUCUUUUAUUAGGCUUGAAUUAUAACUUCAGUGUUCGUUUACAUUUUUGUUUGGCUUUGCAUAAAAAUCAAAAUGAACUACGUAAGACAAAACCUCACUUUUGUUUAAAAGUUGUCAGUCAUAGUAUACUAAUAGAAAUUAGUGGGAUUCCACCAUAUUAAAUAGUUCAGUGAGAGCAAGUAUAUGAGUGUUUAUAUGGGUAUACACAUGUCAACUUUAGCGUGUCUUUUUAUAGUAAUUUGUAAAAAAAACCAACAACAACAUGAUGAUGUUACCAUUGCAGAGUAAAAAGAAGUUUGAGAGAGAGUGCAGAGAAGCAGAAAAAGCACAGCAAUGUUUUGAGAGACUGGACAAUGAUACUAAUGCCACUAAAGCAGAUGUUGAAAAGGUAAAUAUUAUUAUUAUUAUUAUUAUUAUUAUUAUUAUUAUAUUCCUAUUAUGGUAUUUGCAUUUUUUCAAAUAAUGCUAUCUUUUUAAAACUUAAUGUGCCAGCCAAGGGGACAGUGAAUCAAUGGCUGCAUUCAGACAUCAUGUUUUGUUAUUCUCCAAAGGUUCGGAGGAUCAGGAACAAAUUCUGUGUGUACGUGUCCCAACACCACCACCUUCGUAGGGCCUAGUUUAUUAGAACGGUUUCUCAUUUGAUCAAGUCACGGUUUGCUGUUACAUCUGAAUUGCCAGAGCGUGGUUUGUGCAAUCUCUUCAAACCAGAAUCGCAAGCCACAGUUUGCUCUUGGUUUGCCGUUCUGUUUUGGAGGGUUUGCCAAAGCCAUAGUUUGCCGAUUCAGAAGCAGCAGAGAACUGUGGCUUGAUCGACCAGGACGUUUUGUCCAGUGGAAGUUGCAGUUUUCUGGAUGGUAUCAUCUUGGUUGCCACUGGUGAAAAGAAAAAUUUAGUGGCUGAAAUAGGAACUUUCAGCAAUAUGGGGUUGUGUGCCGUAUUUGUUGUCAUUUGAAAUGAAUGGAAUUGUACAACUAAUGUUGGUGAGACAGUCACAUAUUGUCUCUCUUUCUAUAUGUGUACAUGGCAAUUCCUUAUUUUUGGUCAUUUUAAAAUGUUUUGUUUGAGAAUAGCAUGGAGAGAUGUACAUGCCCAGCUUAAAAGAUGCUUUUCUCUAAAUAAGAACAAGCUACUACAAAUGUUUUGGAGUGGUUAUGAAUGUUUAUAAAGAGAAGUUUAUAUACCUUAGGUUGUAUUCAAAGUCCUGUGGUUCCUCCAAUCCACUGAAGCAUAUUUGGGUACAACACGGGGCAUACACAGGGGAACAAAAGCUGGAAAAGUCAUUCCGCUCAUGCAUUUAUAUAGUUGAAUACUGUCUACUGAUCCUGCAAAUGCUAAUGUAAGGUAAAGGAUACAAGGGCAUCUCCAGGGCUCAUGAAAGGUGGUGGCAUUUCACUUACAAUGACCAUGUUGCUAAGUAAGAUUUUGUUUAAGCAGAAGACUUCUAGAAAACACUGUCAUUGAACUGUCUCUUAUUAGGCAAAGCAGCAAUUAAAUCUCCGUACACACAUGGCUGAUGAGAACAAAAAUGAAUAUGCUGCCCAGCUGCAAAAUUUCAAUGGUGAACAGCACAAGCAUUUCUACAUUGUCAUUCCUCAAAUCUAUAAGGUGAGCUUUAGAUCUAAAUUUUGUUUCAAUCUUUAUUUAUUGCAUUCUACUGGGUGCCCAAAGUACUUUACAAUUUUAAAUACAUGGAGGGGAAAACAUUAUUUAAACUGCUAAAAGUGUGACAGUGACUUCUAAGCUCAUUCCCACUGCUGCUCAUCACAUGAUUUCUAGGCACAGGUCAGAAAUGUUUUCCUUUUGUUCCUUCGCUUUCCCCAGGAAAACCCACUGUUUAGUGCUGAAUCAAAACAAACAUCAGUCUGAAGAAAACUCAAUUGACGUUUGUUCCCAUUCAGUGCUAAACAGCCACUUCUCCUGGGGAAAGUGGCAGGAAAAUCCUUUUGGACCCAUGCUUAGAUUUGAGAUGGUUUGAGAACACUGCUGUAAACAUAAAAAUUAUAAAUGUUUUAUCAGCACCUGUUCUGCUUUAAUCCUUCACUGUUAAUUUACAUUAAACUAUGGUUAUACAAUAUUUGAAAAGAUAUUUACAGUAGCAUAUCAUUUGUCUUGCUUCCUGACAUUCCCUGUUGUUUUAAAAUGAAGUAGAUUAUUGAUUUCCAUUCAUUUGCUGCUCCUGUAUACUUAUUUUUAACUUUGCAGUAUUCAGUUGCUCCCACAACUCCCUGGUUCUUAUUUCCUUGGCACUUAAAAUUCUUGCCAUUGCUAAAAUAUGUAGUACUUUUGUUUGAUAUAUUUGUGGAACAAAGCAACCAUGCAGAUAAGGGUUGAGAUGGUGAGGGGAAAGAAAAAAGAAAAUAAAUCCUUUAUUAAGUUACUAUAGUCCCAAAAUCAUUCACCUUCUGGUACUUCCACUGCAAAUGAUGAAUAUCGCCUUUUCUUUCUACACAAAACUAGCAAUUACUUUCUCUGGUUUUCUUCAGCAUUUUGAACUUCCAUGGUGACUGUGGCCAUAUUAUCAUUAUACACCUUUAGGCGCCAGGCAAAAAUGUUCCUUUUUAACCCGGCCUUUGGUUGAUCUUGUUGACAUCCAACACCCUUUUAGAAUGUGGCUUUUGGAGGUGGGGGUUAUUGGGUUAUUGCUUUUGGUUUGAUUUUAUAUGUUGUGGCCUUGUUGUGAACUGCCCUGAAACCUCUGGGUAUGUUGUUGUUGUUUAGUUGUGUCCGACUCUUCGUGACCCCAUGGACCAGAGCACACCAGGCACUCCUGUCUUCCACUGCCUCCUGCAGUUUAGUCAAACUCAUGCUGGUAGCUUUGAGAACACUAUCCAACCAUCUCGUCCUCUGUCGUCCCCUUCUCCUUGUGCCCUCCAUCUUUCCCAACAUCAGGGUCUUUUCCAGGGAGUCUUCUCUUCUCAUGAGGUGGCCAAAGUAUUGGAGCCUCAGCUUCUGGAUCUGUCCUUCCAGUGAACACUCAGGGCUGAUUUCCUUAAGAAUGGAUAGGUUUGAUCUUCUUGCAGUCCAUGGGACUCUCAAGAGUCUCCUCCAGCACCAUAAUUCAAAAGCAUCAAUUCUUUGGCGAUCAGCCUUCUUUAUGGUCCAGCUCUCACAUCCACACGGUGGUGUAUAAGUUGAAUAAAUAAUAGUGGCAUAGAUUGCAACUAUGGAGAAUGUUACCCAAAACAAGUAAGCAAACAAAAAACAACGCAUACAUCAUCUGGCCCAUACAUCUCUAAGCAUGUAUCAUUGUUUUUUAAAAUGAGUUUGUAUGUUUUGUGGAACUUGUGUUCCUUUUAAAAGCAAAAAAGCCUUCACAGCUACCUUUUUGCAAGCCAAAGUUUCUCAUUCCUUAUAUUAAUUUUUUAACUCGGUUUCCCUCUGUUUAUCCUUCGCUUACGUUGCAAUCUGUUCAAGGGUGUUCUCAUUUGAUGAACCAAUAGAAAAACUGUUUGUAUUAAUCUGCACCCAGCCUGAUAUAUGCCACUUACCCAAACAUUGAACUUCCCUAGUUGUGUCCCAUAUUAAACAUUCCUUCACUAAUAUUAUGCUAAAGGGGAAAUUUCUGAUGCUAGCACUUCUUUUUAAAUCUAUCCCAGGUUUUUAAACAUGUGCCAGUAACAUAAUUGUAUCUGUUACAACAGUUUUUCCUAGUGCUUCCAUUCAUAAUAAAUUCUUUACUGUGGUAUUCAUUGCUGUUUCUUCCAUUGGUCUAUAUAAUAAGAGUUUUUGUUCCUAAACAAAAGGACUCCAGCUCUACAAUAGCUCCAUUAAAUCCCCCUCUUUCUAUGCCUUACAGCUUACAUUUUUAGGUUCCUUAGCUCUUUUUAACAUUCCAUAUAAAUACAUUGUUUCUGCCAUUCUUGAAUAAUUUGGCCUGAGAUUUUGGAGCAGGAAAUUUUGGCAGUGCACAGACUUUUAUUGUGUUGGUUCUCACCAAUAAAGACAGUUUCAGGUUUUCCCCAUCUUCAUAUCUGUUUCAUUAGCAUUAUGUAAUUAAGUUCGCACAGAUCCUCUAGAUGUUUUCUUUAGCAUUGGGUUAUUGGCAAGGGAAGUAUAAUGUUUGCUGAGGGGCACCUACACCCUUGUGCAAAUUAAUUGAAACAAACAAUGCAGUUUAGUGUACAAAACUCACAUAUACCUGUACAAAACUCACAUAUACAUACAUUAGUAACGGAUAUGACCGCCGCUAUUUUUAAGCAGCAUUUGAAGAUGGUUUGGCAUGGAGUUUACUAGUUUCGAACAGGCACUGUUGAUUUUCGGAUCCCUGUACCACACUUGAAUCAGCACCUGAAUGAGCUUCUCCAUAGUCAUACAGUCUGCAGCACGGAGGCGACUUUUGCAUAUAGCCCACAAAAUUCUCAAUGGGAUUUACAUCCGGGGAAUUCCCUGACCAAUCAAAUACCUGCAUUUGCUGCUCUGUCAUGAAUUUCUUCACCACUUUCAAUGUGUGACAGGGGGCUAGGUCCUGCUUCAAUAUCCCAGUAUCGUCAGGAUACCUCUUUUCCAGCUCUGGAAUAACUCUCUUUCGUAGAACCUCAAUAUAUUGUGGCGAGCGCGUCAUUCCUUCUAUUGGCUGCAGGCUUCUGACACCAUAAUGAUCAACUGAUUUUUCGUGUUUGUUUUAAGUACAGGAUUACAAGUAAGAUAGAAAACAUCCAUUGUUUCAAUUAAUUUGCACAAGGGCAUACAUUGUAGCAGAUGGGGCAUCAAGUGCUGAAAGAAGUUACCUCUUCUGAGCUCCCCCCCCCCCAAAAAAAAACCAAACCUGAGUAGCUACGUCAAUGUGCUCUCACACCUGGUGGUUCUGUUGUUAAAUGCCAGGUUAGAGAACGAUAUUCCUUGCCAAGAAACCUAUUUGCCUGGCAGCCAGAUGUGAGCUACAACUCCUCGUGUUGGGCCAGAGAGACAGAACUGCUUGUGGUGGUCUUGCAAGACUUCAGGGACCAUACCUGGUCCGCCUCAACUGCUCUAGCUCAGCACUUCAUGGUCACCGCAACAAACAUGGAGCUGUCUCAAUAUAUUGUGGGGCCAACACAUAUAAGUCAUCCCCUCAGUCUGGUUUUUGCAAUGGAGCAGAUGAGGUAGCUGUCAGGGGAAAGUGUGCAUAGGAUUGCAGCCUCUGGUUUCUUUCUGAGGUUCUUAACCACAUCCCCCAAUUAUUUUGGGUUUUUUCUUCAUCUUGUUUUAAUACAGUACCGACAAGCCAUUGCAAAUGAACAAAAUUCCACUGGAAGGCUAUCGUAACAUUUACAAGGAAAUACUCUGAAAGAAAAUCAUGUUUGCUUCAUAAACAUGAGCAAAUUUUCAACAAAAUAUUUGUUACAAGAUAAUAUAGAAGCUGCAGCAGUAAAGUCUGCAUUCCGUACAUGUAAAAACGAGCCUUUUAUUUAUGAUGUAAAAUGAAUCUUCUAUAGAUGACAGGUAGUUGAAACAACAUUUAACAUUUAUAAACAAUAGUUUUUCUCAAGCAUAAAAAGAAAUAAGUAAAUGAAUGAAUCUAUUACUAACUCACUAUGAAACUGAAAGUGGAAUCUUUUCAUUGCCUUGCAGAUGCUAAAGAGGGAAGGGAGCCCUGGUCUUAUUUUCCUAACAGGAAACCGUGGUUAGGUUAACCUAACCAUGGGUUCAGUUAAAAUGAACUUUGGUACACUCCUAUGUCACACCAAGCCUAGGUAAAGGUUCUUUAUUAAAUGAUCUGGUACAGGAAAGCAAACUCAGCAAAUUGGUGAUGCUUUAAACAAAAUUGGGAGGAAAUGUAGCCCAAAUAUACGAGUAUCUGUAUAGUACUGUAUUGUCAUAAGAAUACUCAGGCUUUUUCUUUAUAAUUGUAGCAUCUUCAGGAAAUGGAUGAACGAAGAACCAUCAAACUUAGCGAAUGUUAUAAGGGGUUUGCAGAUUCUGAGCGCAGAGUUAUCCCAAUAGUCUCGAAAUGUUUAGAAGGAAUGACUGCUGCGGCAAAAUCGGUUGAUGAACGCAGGGUAAGUUGACUUUAUUUUGUAGGAUUCAGAUUAUCAGUGUAGAACUCAUUGCAUUGGAAGUAAAUCUAACUAAUUGUGGGUCUGCUCAUGUCCUACCACAACUAGGCAAGGAAUUAGGCUGAUCAAGCCUAUGAAACUUGUGUUCCAUGAAGCCAAACCAACAGAGGGUUUAUCAAGUCUCUUGCGUGCCAUAACUCUCUGGCAGACAGCUUUGUUGGGUCAUGAGACCUAGUGCAAGUAAUUGUGGAAAGGAGUCUGUGUUUUAUUCAGACUUUUUUUUUUUACCCAUUCUCUCUUUAACCUCUCUCCCUCUUCCUCUUAUUAAUUUACGAUGCCCGAAUAAUAGAUUACUUUAUUGAUUAUAGAUUAUAGAUUACAGUUGAUUAUACAAGUCUGUUCUUGCAGACUUUGUUGUUAAUCUUGAGAUGAAAUUUCUUCAGCAGUCUGAGUAAUCCCAGGGUUUGGGACUUCACCUUGGCAGCUUAUGCAUUUCCUGGAUGGAGGUACAGUGGUGCCUUGGGUUUCAAACACCUCAGGUUACAAACACUUUGGUUUACAGACUCCUCUAACCCAGAAAUAGUACCUCGGGUUAAGAACUUUACCUCAGGAUGAGAACAGAAAUCACAUGCUGGCGGCAGCGGGAGGCCCCAUUAGCUAAAGUGGUACCUCAGGUUAAGAAUGGACCUCUGGAAUGAAUUAAGUUCGUAACCAGGGGUACCACUGUAUAUACAAAAAUUUCAUUUCGGAUGUGAUGGGAUGUGGAGGAGCGGGAUGCUCAGGGCACAAGCAUUGUUUGUUCUCUCUGCAAAUGCCCUGCAAAUGCCCUGUAGAUGGUAGUCUGCAAUUUCCCCUCUGUAAACGGACUUAAUUCUUUCUGGAAGAUCAGUAAUUUCUCCUGCUGUUUUAAGUUACUCAUUUUUCAUCUGCUGCAUUGGUAAUAAUAUCAUUUCAGUUAAGCCAUCAGCUCUCUUGAGUAAUCAUUUUUUUUAAAUAAACAUUGCAUCUCUCCCAUCAAGGACUCUCAAAUAGUAAUAGACUCCUUCAAGUCUGGUUUUGAACCUCCUGGAGACUUUCCAUUUGAAGAUUACAGCCAGCACAUUUACAGGACUGUUUCUGACGGAACAAUCAGUACACCAAAGCAAGAAGGGGUGAAAAUCGAUGCAAAAACCACCGUGGGCAAGGCCAAGGGCAAGCUGUGGCUUUUUGGAAAGAAACCAAAGGUACAACUUUUAAAAUAUAUUUCACAUGAGAACACACUCAGGAUUUGUGGUUAAGGGAUCAAAUGUAGUCCUUUGGAUCAAAAUAAUGUCGUUUUGACCUUAUAUAAUUUUGAAAGACAGUUUGCAUUGCCCCAACUGUCCAUUUAGGAACUUGGUUUUGGUAUUAUAUGUCUGUUUUGCUCCACCUCAGCUAUAGUAUUCUAGCAGCACAGGAAACCAGUACAACUGGGGUAGCAAAAUGCCGCACAGUAACUUAGCUGCUGGCUUUGCUGGAGCAAUUACAACAGUAGUUAGUGACCAGGAACUGCAAACUCCUGGUAACAUGUUCCACCAAUACUCAAGCGCAGGUCUUGCGAAGGAGCCUGCUGCAACUAUUUUGACCAGUAAUAGCAUCCUCUGUGGCUUGUGUAUCCUCUGUAUAUGUUGGAGUUUUGCUAUUGUGUUGAAACUGGAGGGAGAUCAGAUCAGUUGAUUCUGAUGGGUGUGUCAAUCAUCUCUUUAAUAUCAGAGAUUCAGCCGCCUUCUGGCUGUGGUCCAUUUAAUUGUUUUAGGUACUGGAGGAACUUGCAUCCUGCCUGUAAUGUGCAAUUUUAGAAACUGAUGUUUCCGUUCGAAGUGCAUGGUUUUGGCAGGUCAGUUUAAAGAUAUUCAAAGGCACUUGAAGGUUAAAGCAAAGCAGGUGAUAUAUUGCUUUGGACAUAAUGAAAGAAUAAUGAUGUGAAGGCAAAUUGCACCUUACCUUUGCAGAAGUUCUUAGUAUAGAGAGCAACAAAUAACAUAAGCAAUAUUCUUUUUUAAAAACAACACCACUAAUUAAAAUUUCAUGCAGUGUGUGAAAAAAUUGUGUAGAACACAUGAGAACGGAAUAACCUUCCUUUUCCAGCUGUGCAGUACAUCUCCAUUACCUUAUGAAUGUCAUUCCUUAAGUCUUCCUUUCGGCCCAUACGAUUUGAGGAUAUAAGAAUGUUAACAUUAGAACACUUAGAAUAAAUUUUACUGGGGUGCUUUUUUUUUUUUUGUAGGGGAUAUGUUUUUAUUCUUUCAAAAAGUUCCUAGAUGUAAAACAAAUAAAUCUAAAGCCUGUUAUCUUUCAGCAAUGUGUGUUAUCUGAAGGGUGGCUCUUGGUGUUGUUUCGAAACUCGCAUGUAAAAGGACAUUUUAAACCAUUUUAACGUCGUAACUAAAUAUUCUCCCUCUCUUACUUUUUAAUUUUCUUACUGUGUUGUAUAUUUCUGAUGGUGAAAACAGCAGAGAGCCUUGUGACACCUUAAAGACCCAACACAUAUGUUAUGCCGUCAGCUUUCUGAUUAUAAUAUCUGAUGGUGGUUGUUAUGGGGUGGGGGGAGGGCGGCUGGGACCGAUGGUCUGCUUCUGUAUUGAAAGGGGGGGGAGAGACAGAAUUUUCAGUUCAAUGUUUGCCUUAUCUGUUCCUUUCUUUAUUUCCGCAUCAGCCGCAGUCCCCUCCCCCUACCCCUACUAGUUUAUACACGUCCAGUACUUCUAAUGGUUCCCAGUAUCCCUUAUGCUCGAUUGAACAAGUCCAUUAUUGCAUGAGUGAGAUAAAAACAGGGAAGCCCAGAAUUUCUUCUUUCAGAAGCCUCAAAAGAGGGGUAAGUUUUAUGACGGGUUUUAGGUGCAUGAUAGUGCUAUGAGCAGUGUGCUUGUGGUGUGUGGCUUUUCCCAGUCUUCUCCACCCUCAUCAUAAGGCUGAAGAUCCUGUCAGAGGUCAUUGUGCUUUGUAGCUCCUUGUUCAGAAUAGCUGGCUCUUCGAAGGGUGCUGGGUCCGUGUUCUCACAAUUUUCUCAUUCGCAGCCAUGAGUGUGUUUAAUGCAUAAUAUGUUUGGGGGAAGGAGAAGCCAGGCCAUUUUAAAGAACAGAACAAUAAUUAGUUUGCUCUUUUUUCUAAUGAUAAUAAUAAUAAUAAUUUUAUUAUUUACACCCCUCCCAUCUGUCAGGGUUUCCCCAGCCACUCUGGGCGGCUUACAGCUUGUCUAAAAACAUCAAGUGUUAAAAGCCUCCUGAUAUAGGGCUGCCUUCUAACAUCGGUACGUGGAUUUCAUUAACACGUUGUCAAUUUAUUUGCAAGCUGCCAAUUCCAGAAAAAGCACACACUAUAAGAGCAGCUUACAAUUGGAUGAAGAGCAACAGCGUACCACAAAAUCAACAUUCGCAGUCACAGUUUCAUAAUGAUAGCGAUAAUUAACAAUACCUAGCAAAUAUAUCGGUGUAAGUUUUAAUCUUUUUUUAAACCAGAAAUAAUAAUAAAAAUUAAAUAAAUAACAAAAAGCAUAUACAGACCACAAAUGUAAAAGUUUCAUUCUGUGCCUAAAUGCCACAGCCAUUAACUGCAAAAUCCACUAAAAGGUAGCUCGGACCUUUUGAAAUUUCUAUAAUAUUUGUUCUUUCUUGUAGUGCGUGCAGCAGAGCUCAGGCGGAAGGCAGAACCACAGGGUUAUUUUUCCUUAUCUUUUAUGAACUGGCCCCCUAGUGGGCAUUUGAGUUCAGUUCUUUCCUAGUCAACAUUCUGCACAUGCACCCACUGACAAUGCCCCAUUAUCAGAGCAUAUGUGUUUGUUUGUUUUUUUAAAAAAAGGAUGUUAGUAAAUGGCUCAAAUUGUUAAUUUAACCAGUAUGUUAAGGCAUCUUCUGCGAGUCUCUGCAGGCCGUUUCGUCUCGUAGAUGACAGAUUGCAUCGGCCGACUUAAAACACAGUUUAUUGGGGAAAGUAUUUCAGAAAAGUAAGCCAAUUUAACUGAUAGGAGUACAUAUACCUAAAAAAUUUUUUUAAAAAAAUUUAUUUCAAUGUAGUAUGAUUUUUCAUGCAAUGUACUUUGACUCAAAACAUUUAAUUUAGAUUUGUUUUCUUGGGGGCUUUGGGUGGUUUUCGUUGGUUUUGUUUUUGGUUAAACUGCAUUCCAUUCCUGGAUAACUGCUAAAUGCCACUUUUUGAGAAGAAUCAAGGAAGUAUACUUAACUAAUUUAUACUGGCAUAUUCUGCAAAGUAGCAUUUGUUCUAGGGAUCAAGUGACUGCCAAACAUUGAUGAUUAUGUCAUGAUAAAUGAACCAGCAGUAACUCCUUAGGUCUAUAAAAUACAGUCUUUUGUAUAUGAGAAAUUGCUUUUUUUGGCUGUUGAUAACCAGAAGCUGAAUGCAUUUGCCAAUAUACAAGUAUGCCAAUAUAAAUUAUAAUUAGGAAAAAUCACACCAAUUUGAUUGCAGUUUAAUACUUUAUACCAGUCUUAGCUGGGGCAUGUUGUUCUAGAGAAGCAGAUCAUAGUCCAUAGAUAUCCUAAGCAAUGCCGGUUAAUGAUUAGAGGAGUUCUCUCUGUUAUGGCAAGGCAGUUCCUUAACUUGUGGAUUUUAAGUUGGAGCACCACAGCAUGGUAACAUCUCUUUUCAGCAGUUUGAUCUGUGCUCCUAAAGAUUUUAACUCUACACCCCAGAAUUCUUAAUUCUGCAUUUGCAAUAUAUUCCCUUUAUCAGGAAGUUUUAAAUGUUGGAUGCUUUAUGAUGUUUUAUAUAUUCUGCAAGCCGGCCAGAGUGGCUGGGGAAACCCAGCCAGAUGGACGGGGUAUUAAAAAAUUAAUAUUACAAUUAUUGUUAUUAUUGCAAAAAUUGAGAGUUGCUUAUAUUUUAUUACAUUUCCAUACCUUGUUAUGUGCUCAAAAUUCAGAGUUUUGGAUACGUUUUUGGUAAGGGAGAAAGUAAUUUUGGCAAGGGUUAUUUUUGUUGGUAAGGAAGAAGUGGAGACAGCUGGAGUUAAUAUGUUUUCAGGGUGUCCUCACAAUCCAUGGAACUGGAUAUUUAGCCAGAUUCUGCACUAAUAUUAGAUCUUAUGCUCAAAUUGCACAUCCAUAGACAUGCAAAUGCGCACAGGCCAAGCCAUGCUCAGGACACAGAACAUGUGUUCAUGAUCAGGACCAUUCUUAGCAUAAUAACUUGUUAGCACAGUAGCAGAAUCUGAUCCUCAAUGAGCUGCUUUGGAAGUUGGCUGAAAAUGCUCCUGUUGCACUUGUUCUUCCUUUCUCCUAUCGAUUGAUCCUGCUGGAUAUAUUUGCAAUUAUGUGUUACUAUUGCUUCAUUAUAGAUGAGGAAGUGGCUACCAAUUCUUUUUAACAUAGUCAUGGAAAAUUAAAAGGUGAUGGGAUUGAAAUUACUGUAUUUUUUGCUGUAUAAGACUCACUUAUACUCCUAAAAAGUAAGGAGAAAUGUGUGUGCAUCUUAUGGAGCGAAUGCAGGCUGCGCAGCUAUCCCAGAAGCCAGAACAGCAAGAGGGAUUGCUGCUUUCGUUGCGCAGCGAUCCCUCUUGCUGUUCUGGCUUCUGGGAUUCAGAAUUUUUUUUUUCUUGUUUUCCGCCUCCAAAAACUAGGUGCGUCUUGUGGUCUGGUGUGUCUUAUAGAGCGAAAAAUACGGUAAGUUUUAUUUCAACAAUUUGUCAUCGCGUUGUAAAUUUGAUCAAAUUACUAUCAGCAGUUACUAGCCUGUCACGUUGCAUCCCUUGAAAUACGCAACCAAAUCUUUUUUUCCUUUGCUUUAAUGGAACAAGUUCAGGCCAGAGCUGCCUUGUGAAGUGCACACGUAUUAUCUCUCACUAGUUCCCUGCCAGAAUCUGCAAAUAGAGAUUUUGGUGUGAAUGCUAUUGGCUGGAAAAUCUUAUAGGGAAAAACAAGUAGACCUGGAGACCAUUUGUAAUUUAGCUAACCUCUUACAAAAUCCCUGGAAUUUAGGGGUGUGACUGAGCACAUAUAGAAAACCCAAGGUUCAAUCCUUAGGGAUUUCUAGCUAAGAACUUUUUUUCUACAGCUCCAGUGGAUUCGAAUUAAAAGAAAGGAGAUUCCAACUAAACUUUAGGAAGGAUUUUCUGACAAUGAGAGCUGCUUGACAGUCGAAUGGACUCCAUCAGAAGGUGGUGGACUCUCCUUCCUUUGAGGUUUUUAAGCAGAGGUUCAGUAGCCAUCUAUCACAGAUGAGAGUCCUGCAUUUCAGGGGAUCGUUUCUAUUCUCGAUAGGUGCCUGCUACGUCAUGCUCACUGGUCUUUAAAAUUCCCAUAAGCAAGCCUGCUGUUUGGCGAUAAUUAAAAUGGGAUUAGAUUAGUUCUUCAUGUAAGCAGUCGGGCUAUUGUCUUGAACCAAUGGCCCCACCUCACACGUAGAGCACCAGUUUGUGAGGGCUGGAGUUCUGCUACCUUCCGGUGACUUGUAAUAUCUGAGCAGGUAUAAAAGAGGUUCCUUGAUUUAGAAGAGCAUAAAUAGGCACUGCAUGUUAAACAGAAGAUGUUACUAUCAUGCAAGAUGUGUACUGUGUUCCAGCUAUUUCUCUUGGUGUAAUAUACUAUUCAUGCUAUAUAAGCAAAAUAAUGGAUGGAAAGCUUCUGUUCAUUCCUUGCUCUUGCUACCAUAUGUGCCCUCCAAAAAGCCUCUCUUAGGGGAUCAGGCAUCAGGCUUCUACAAGGGGAAGUGGGGAGGAUAAUUGCUGCAGUUUGGUCUUGAUUUCCUGUCACUUCUUCCUCGCCCCCCAACUCCAUGCCUUGCCUACGAUAUUUAAGAUGGUCUUCCAAACUUCCAGUGAGACCUUACUGCAGGAGGAAGAAGAGGGUGGGAUACUUUCGUUCUAGGACCUUUCUUAAGUUAUCUUAGGAUCCAAUCCAUAGUUUUGCUGGUAGGGGCUAAAUUUGUCAAAGCCUCCCAAUCAAUCAAUCAAUCAAUCAAUCAAUCAAUCUUUAUUACGGUCAGAGACCAGACAGCAAAGCCUCCCCACUUUCUAGUACAUUAGUGUUUUAACAGGCUUUUUAAAAGGCUUUUAAAAGGAAAAAGAAAAAUAUUAGUAGAAGUCGCAAGUGAGAUGGUUUAUGGAUAACCUGAGAAGCAAAGUAUUUCAACUUCUUCUGCCUGCAUAAAAUAUUACUCUAGACGCUGGAACAUCAUAAACUCUUAAACUGCUCUCUGCUUCAUCCAUCAGGAGUCCCAUCCAGCAGCAGCUGGGCAUACAGAAAAGAAAUGAAAACUAAUGAAAUCUUCAUGGGCAUUUAAGUCUGAAUUGUUGACAUUGUCCACCCAAAUGUAAUAAUAAAUACAGCUGUAGGCCUUGUUUUUUAUUUAAUACAAAAGAGCAGAGGGAAAUGUAGCAGAUGUCAUUUGGUAGAAAUCACGACAUGACACACAAAGCUAGAUAUGAUGGAUAAAUAUUUUUAUUGUUUGUUUAUUACUUCUUUUUUUAAAGGAAAAUUUCCAAAUGUUUACACAUGGGAACUUUUAGUGCUUCAGUUUGCCAGUGAGACAAAAAAAUACUGCAAGUGUUGGUUUGGAUAUUGGCCCCAGUUGUGAGCUACUUUUGUUUGGAACUUAAUAAUUCUCUCUCUCCCUCCUUCUCUCUCUCUCUCUCUCUCUCUCUCUCUCUCUCUCACACACACACACAGGAUCCCAUAAUUGACCCAAGUUGUAGCCAAAUGAACAAAUAGUGUGCUUGAUUUCUGUUAUCUUUCUACUCUUUGGGGGAGGGGGAAAAACUAGAAAUUGGGCAGAUCACACGUUUCUAUGCACAAAGCUACUCCUUUUCUUCCCUCAUCCUCAUAAGAUAAUCACCAGAUUUAGAAAACCAGUUUAAGUGUGCAGUCAUGAUGACUUUUUAAAUGAGCAAUCCUGUAUACCACACAGCCAACCUAUACCACAAGACUCAAUUGUAAUCAUGGUGUGAUCCAUGAACUUUCCCAAUCACAGUGACUUAACAUUUCAUCCAGUUUUGCCAAGCAAUAACCUCCAAGGAUAAUUGCUAGGAUAGAGAGCAAUCUCAGCCAUGUUUUCUACUGAGUCCUGGGAUCCCAAGUCUAAAGAUUUGUACUGGUGCGUCACCUACAGCAGCAUUUGCAAAACUGAUACCCUCCAGAUGUUUUGGAGUGCAGUUCUCAUCAGCACCAGCCACUAAGGCCAUGCUGUCUGGGGCUGAUUAUAGUUAUAGUCUGAAACAUCUGGGAGGCACUAGAUUGGCAAAGAUUGCCCUACAAUGUUUAGUGCAGUGGGUCUACAGCUCUGCCAUAUGGUCAUAUUAUGUGGUACACCCUCUUAGUCACAAGCUCCAAAUUCUGGGUUCCAAUGUAUAUUUUGGGUGUGCCCAAAGGCUUAUGCCUCGGUUGUGGCUUUCUUUCAUCGCGGCACAAAAGGGUGCUGUUUUUGGGGGAAACCUCCAAAUGCUGCUUGGAUAGAUAGAACAUAUUGCCCAGAAUUUUGAGCCUUGGCUUUUCAUCACUCGGUAUGGUCCAAAGCAGUUUUCACAAUUGAUUGUUUCACAGUUCCUUGUUCUAACCCAUAUUUCAAGCAUCCUUAAAUGGUGUCAUUUAUAAAACAAAUCAUUGGCAUUUUCUGUUAUCACAUCAUAAUACAAGGUUGCUAAUUAAGAACCUUAAUAGGAAGGCUUUUCCCAGUGCUUUUCAGCAAAAUUGGAUACUGCCAGAAUAAGAUAAGAAGCCAUCUGUGUCUUUUUCAAAAAAAGAUAUCGUGCCCCAGAAUCAAUCUGUGUAUGUCUUUUUACCCUUUCCCCAUUUUUAUUGGUGAUUUAGAAAUGAUAUGUUUCGUAACGCUUGAGUAUAUAAUAAAGUAUACACAGUCAUAUGUAGAAUUGUAGACUACAGUGGUACCUCGGGUUACAUAUGCUUCAGGUUACACACUCCGCUAACCCAGAAAUAGUGCUUCAGGUUAAGAACUUUGCUUCAGGAUGAGAACAGAAAUCGGGCUCCGGUGGUGUGGCGGCAGCAGGAGGACCCAUUAGCUAAAGUGGUGCUUCAGGUUAAGAACAGUUUCAGGUUAAGAAUGGACCUCCGGAAAGAAUUAAAUACUUAACCCGAGGUACCACUGUAUUACUCUAUAAUAGCCUCCAGUAAUAAAUAUUUUGAUCUAGAAUCACUUUGAUUAGAAAGUGUUGAAGAUUUUUCACAUGGGCUUUUGGGAAAUAGUCUUCCAGUUAUUCAGUUGCAAAAGUGUUGUUUCCUCUAACUAUUCAUUUGAGCCUUACCGGUAACUUGAAUCUGUUUUUGAGCAAGGAUGAUGGAAGUCCUCUGAUUGCCUAAGAGGAUAGACUUCUUUGGCCACGACAUUUCUUUACAUCAGCCAUAUCCACCUUAGUGACAGUUGUGUUGGCCGGCCAGCUACUUGCCCAAAAAGAUGAAAUCUAACUGUGGAAACUAGGAAAAACCGGGUUUCAGAACAUCAUAAAGCGUUGCUGUUUUGCUCCCGGAGCUUCGCUAAACAAGACUCUGUUUACAGUAAACCAGGUCAUUGCCAUUGUCAAACGCUUCUGCUUUGUGUAGUGUUCCUGUGUGCUUUGUUGUCGUUUCCUUCAAUGUAGAAAUACGUUAAAGAAAUAAUAGUUCAACAAGAUUAUACUGUAUUGCACCUUUUCAAGCCAUAGGCCGUCAUCCCAUGGCUUGAAUUGUGGCUGCUCUUCAAUUCUGCAGUGCCUUAGACAAUAGUUAAAAUGUUGGGAACUUUAUGGGGUUCUAUUAAUUAAGGUUAAAAUAUCACACACAAAAUCUUACUUGGCAUCAAGCCCCACUGGGGAUUAUUCCCAAAUGAAUAUGCAAAGGAUUGGGCUGUAAAAGAUGCAGAUAUAUAUAUAUAAAUCUUUCUAAAUAAUGCUUGGUAGCAUGAAAAUAAUACCCUGUUUCUUUCUGUUUUCAACUGUACCGGUCAGUGGUCUGUGAAGACGGUAAGGCCUGUGCGCUGUAAACUUCGUAACAACAGCAUGAAAGUAGCUUAUUGAAAUCGUGUCCAUCUCAUAGUUGCUUUGAGUGAAUUGGUAUUCAGAUGCGUAUUCUUAGUCACUCUUUGUCUCAUUAUCCAUUUGUGCUUGGUGUGAACAAAAUAGACUCCUGACAUUGCACAGAGGAAAGGAAUUCAACCAAUAGGCAAGGAUGUACUCCUGUUUUGCCUCCAUAAAAUGAGAGUGAUACCUACUCAAUCCAGAGCUUCCUUUUCCUACAAGGUGCUUAUGAACGAGGCCUACAAGGGAGUCAGUCCUGUGCAUGCCUGGAGCUAUACUAUCUGAGUCUUAUAUUUUAAAAACAUUUCAUUUAGUCCAUAACUGAUAACCAUGGUAGUUAUCGCAAUACCGUUCCUGAAAGUCUUUGUUGAAGACAGCAGAACCUGAUCCCCCCACCCCACUUAACACAUUCUCUUACACAUGCAAAGUAGAUGGAUUUUCAUGGCCAGGUAAUAACAAAUGAAUGUGCUAAGCGGUCAUCUUCUGAGUAGACCCACUGACUUAACUUAAAUCCAUGGAUUUCAACAGCCAUACUCUAUUGUGGCUUAGCCAGGUAUCACUCACUAUUAUUAGGACUUGGUCAAAACUGCUGUUGAAAACUUUUAGCCAAUGAUGGUGGUUUGUUUAAAAUGAAGUCGCCUGGCUGUUUACAACAAUCACUGCUAUUUAACAAUAAAUGAAAAUAAAGUAAUUCAAUAGAUUAAAAUUAUACAUAUAGAUUCAUAUUUUUAAUUGUGUUCAGUACAAAAUAAUUUCUGUGGCAGGAAGCUGGUGGCAAAUUUUGCUCCUUUAUUGCAGACAGUUCCAUUUUAUUUCAAAUAAGGUUUGAAGGUAGAAUUAUGGCAAAAGUACAAUGGAAAUGAACAGUUAAGGGGUUAAGUUCCAUUGAUUCUCAUGGAAAUUAGAAAUGCCUAUUUUUUGCGAGAUUGUUUCCGUAGUUUCUCCUUUGAGUAUAUUGAGUGAGGCCUUUAUUAUGCUUAAAAAUAAAAGACAAUUAUGUGAGAGCAAAAGUUACCUCUUAUAAACUACCUUGAAUGACACAAACCUAAAAUCCCUAAUGCAGCUCAUUGUUCUUAAUUAGAACAACUUAAUAUAAUACACAAUGCAUGAUAAUUUUAUAGUUUUGCAUUUAAAAUCAUGAUUUAUGUAGGAGCUGUUUAGCACAAGUUCAACACACAGAGCAAUGCUUUUAAAAGGAAGGCUUACAACUCUGCUGAAAAGGAGAUUAGUAUGAGAUUUUGGAGGGAAAUUAACUUAAUAGACCUUAUUGUUUUACAGCCCUUUGAAACAGAUUCUCUGAGCAGAUGGCAAACCGUAAACACAAACAGACUUUUGAAUUCUUGUUUAGCUUGUAAUUACUGGUUGGUGCUAUAGUUAACUUAUUAAAUGUGCUCAAGUAGGUGGAUUUGUGAGCCUUUUCAUUGAAACACCCUGUUUGUAGCUCAGAACUUGUUAAUUAUAGUCCAAACCAACUAAUGUUGGAUGUAGUAGGAACUUUUUGCAUUGACUUUGGUGGAAGCAACUUUACAAGACUUUGGUAAAUUGGAGGUAAAUCGUCACAUUUGCUUCUGAGCAUGUCUGCAUUGAUAUUUGGCAGAUUUUGGCAAGAGAAAUCUUAGUUGGCCUAUUCAGUGCUUUCUUCUUCUUCUAGAAAAAUAGGUGCUGGUACGCACUCUGAAAUUGUUACAGUAAGUUCCACACUUUUUAACAACAAAAAGUGGUGCCAGUACUGCGAAUCCUUGAGUACCCCCUGGAAAAAACAAACAAACACAAUGGACCUAUUUCUAGUGAAUAUCAAUAAUAAUUCUUAGCUGUAUUCUGAACCAAGUGGUAAAGGGAAUAAGUUAACUUCUGAUCCAUCAGACUUUCAUGUAGACUUCAUGCUGCUUUUGAUAUAGCCUGUGGUUAGAGGAUAGAGGGAAUAAACUUAGAUAUAGUAUGAAGAUGCUGUGAUGGCUACCACAAGAUGCAGCGAUGGGUACCAACUUAGAUGGCUUUAAAAGGAUUAGAGAAAUCUGUGGAUGGCAAACUGACAGUGGAUGGCUGAGCACUGCCUCUCAUCUUGGAGAUGGAAUGCCAGUUAUUGGGGAGAGUCUUCAAAGGAAGCUCCAAGUGGCAAAGCAGCUUCUCUCUCCUCCAGAUUUCAGCGUGAUGGAAGAGAACCUCUGGGAGGUUGGCCUGUUGCCACAGCAAGCUUGGAGAAUGGAUUUGUGGAGCGUUCUCAACAGGAUAAUGAGUUGUGUGCAACUGGGAAACCUAAUAAUGUAUUCUGCUGUUUCUAAAUUGCAGAGCACUUUGUUGUCACCAUGUUUGCCUAUUUCAACGCCAUUGAAAAUGAGUUAAAACCACAGUUUGGCAAAACGAACUUAGGAAAUGGAGUAUUAUAGGCUUGGUUCUGCUACAAGGCCUGCUUCCCUCCUUGCAGCCUCUCCCCGGUGCCGAUUUCCCCUCUCUUAUCCCUCUCUUAUCACAAUUCCCUGGCAAAGAGAUUAACAAUCAUUACUCCUAACCAGGAUUUUCCUUAAGUCAGGUGCCCAUUUUAAAACUGACAUUUCAGAUCCCUGGGUUAAGCAGUGCUGAAAAGUUUUAACUUGGGUGCCAGUUAACUUUUUAGCCACUAUUCAGGUGAAAGGGAACUUGCUCUCACUGGGGAGGAAAGCCUCAGGAUGGCUUUCAGUUAGCAGGGAGCCAGCACUUCAUCUGUGCAAAGGAAAUGCAUUUUUUAAAAAAUGUAUGUUGUGGCAAAAGGUUUAAUGAAUCCAAGCCAUCUCUAGGAAUGAUGUCUCCUCCCAAAGAAUUUUCAAAAUUUGAAUAGAUCUAUGGGAUAACUACCCUGAGACAGCCAUCCCUGCACUUAAUGUGCACAGUUCAGGGAUGUUUUCAGAUCUGUUUAAUAAGAUUGUGCUUAAACCUGCGGGUAUGCAAUGCAAGCCACUUAAUAACAUCCCUGUUGCUAGUGCUUUGUUGUUGUUGUUGUUGUUUAGUUGUUUAGUCGUGUCUGACUCUUCGUGACCCCAUGGACCAGAGCAUGCCAGGCACUUCUGUCUUCCACUGCCUCCCGCAGUUUGGUCAAACUCAUGUUAGUAGCUUUGAGAACACUGUCCAACCAUCUCGUCCUCUGUCGUCCCCUUCUCCUUGUGCCCUCCAUCUUUCCCAACAUCAGGGUCUUUUCCAGGGAGUCUUCUCUUCUCAUGAGGUGGCCAAAGUAUUGGAGCCUCAGCUUCAGGAUCUGUCCUUCCAGUGAGCACUCAGGGCUGAUUUCCUUAAGAAUGGAUAGGUUUGAUCUUCUUGCAUCCAUGGGACUCUCAAGAGUCUCCUCCAGCAUCAUAAUUCAAAAGCAUCAAUUCUUCAGCGAUCAGCCUUCUUUAUGGUCCAGCUCUCACUUCCAUACAUCACUACAGUGGUACCUCAGGUUAAGAACUUUGCUUCAGGAUGAGAACAGAAAUCACACAACAACAACGGGGCGGCAGGAGACCCCAUUAGCUAAAGUGGUACCUCAGGUUAAGAACAGUUUCAGCUUAAGAACGGACCUCCAGAACAAAUUAAGUUCUUAACCCGAGGUACCACUGUACUGGGGAAACCAUAGCUUUAACUAUACGGACCUUUGUCGGCAAGUUGAUGUCUCUGCUUUUUAAGAUGCUGUCUAGGUUUGUCAUCGCUUUUCUCCCAAGAAGCAGGCGUCAUUUAAUUUCAUGACUGCUGUCACCAUAUGCAGUGAUCAUGGAGCCCAAGAGAGUAAAAUCUCUCACUGCCUCCAUUUCUUCCCCUUCUAUUUGCCAGGAGGUGAUGAGACGGAAGAACGUUAUUAUGCCAGCUUUUAAUACUGUACCUCUUUGGAUAUUCACAGCCUGUUUCCUCCCCACCCCCACCCAUUGUUUUCCAUCCCCAAGUUCCUUACGGGUUCUCUUAAUGAAAUUUUGCCUUCUCUCUGUGAUGAGGCUGGCUUGACAUUUAGAAGCCCAUAUAGAUCGGUAGAAAAUCUCCUGAACUGGGAAUUUGGCAGCUCUAAUAAUGUUCAGAUCCAAUAAUUUUGUGCUCUGCUAGUACUUUCGGGCACAAAUAGUUUCAUGUUGUCCCAGUAAGCUCGCUGUUGAGAAUACCAUGUUGGAUAUUUCUGGCAUCGCUGCUCCUUAUGACAUUGAUUACGUCACAUUACUUGUUGGGAAAGGGGUUUCCGUGUUCCAGAAGUUCCUCCUUUCCUAUUGGAAAAAAUUGGUGAAUAAUCUGUGGGGAUCGUCUUCAGUGGUGGGGAGGAACAAUGUGAGUAAGCUUUAUCAGGGUUUGAGGUUCUAGGGGAGCCUGGGCCGAUUUAAGUUACUUUUUACGUGGUUAUCAGCCACGUUUUACAUCUCCUAAUGCAACUUCUUCAUGAUUUGGUUUUUUAAAAACUGCCCAAAUUCCCUGUAAUUCCCAGUUUGGUUCUGACUGCCCUUUUUAUUAACAAUAGAAAAUCCCAAGGCGAUCUAUGGAACUUGGCAAUGAAAAUGUUGCUCUGUUAAAAUCUUAAUAAUUUGGAAACGUGUCUGUCAAAAAUCAUGUCAAGACUGAGAGUCUUGCCACACUUCAGAUUCAUUGUGGCUUGUGAUUUUGAGGGGUAGAUGUCUUAUCAGAAGCAGUAAUGUUUGUUACAAGAGGCUAAACAUGGCUACUUUUACCAUAAUUUACCCUAAACCUGUCUAGUCUUGCAACUGCUUGUUCCAUAACGACCAGAGGUUUUCCAGCAGUGUCACCGAUUGAGCCUGCACUCCCCUCAUUCAGGCAUUUGAAAUAUUUUUGCAGGGUCCCCCCCCCCAAAUUAAAGAUCCUUUUUUCAUUCUGGUUCACUAGUAUAUUUCCACACACACCCCUUCUGAGUCUAUUGCCUCUGAAAUGGAUUUGCGUUCCCUUCAAGAUUUCAAGAUUAUUUAACACAUGGAAGAACUGUUUAUAAUCUGUAACAUCUUGAAAAUCUCAGAUUGGGGGGGGGGGGAGGAAUCACAGACCAUCAAGAAAAUAAUUCAGUCUGAUGUGUGCAUCCCCCGCCCCCCCCCCCCGCCCUGGAGCUAUGCUUUGCAGCAUUGUGGUGUUUAAAAAAACAGUUCUUCCUCCAGUGAGGAAGUCCUGUUGGUUAUGUGUGAGGUGCCAGCAGAAAUGUAAGUAGCUGCACUUUCUGAGGGUUGUAUUUUCACUUGGUUUCAGGGCCCUGCUCAAGAAGAUUUCAGCCACCUGCCUCCAGAACAAAGGCGGAAAAAACUGCAGCAGCGAAUUGAUGAACUUAACAGAGAACUACAAAAAGAGACAGAUCAGAAGUAAUUUUGCUUUUCUGUUAUUGUAUCUUGACCUUAUCUUUACUGCUCUUUUCCUAGGCAUCGAGAUGUCUCUUCUGCAAACAUCAAUUUGUCUUUAAUUUUCUCUGUGUUGUUCAUGAGUCCUCUCAAACCCCAUAGUUUUGGGGGUGUCCUGAGUGUUAGGAAAUUGUACUGCUUUCUCUUCCUCCCUCCUCAGUUUCAUUGUUGCAAGGAAAACAAUUUUCUAAUUCGAUAUACUUUUUUUUUCUUUCUACAGAGAUGCGCUCAUCAAAAUGAAAGAUGUAUAUGAGAAAAACCCGCAAAUGGGUGAUCCGAGUAGUCUUCAGCCAAAGCUGGCUGAAACUAUGAGCAACAUGGACCGCCUUCGAAUGGAAAUUCACAAGAAUGAGGUUAAAAUCUAUUAAGACAUUUCGAAAGAAGGCUGGUAUAAGAUUUCAGAUGCCUCUAGAUAAGGAAUCCUCCAAAAAAUUCUGAAAGGUUAUUCAUAAUGUGGGGGAAAUCCUGGUUGCUUUUGCACUCCAUCCAUUUACAACAACUGCCACUUUAAAGCCACCUGGCUUUAAUGUUUCCAAUUUAGUUAACAAGGAGAGAUUUGUAAAAAUCCUAUGGCAGUCCUUGCCUGUACCUUUAGAGAUGUUCGAGCCCUGAAACAAGAAGCAUGUAGCUAUUCUCUACAGAACCAAAUAGCCGGAAGAGCACUGGUUUGAAAAUAUUUUUGCAGAUUCAGUUUUUCUGUAUCUGUGGUACCAGAGCUGACAAAUCGUGCACUUAUGGGUAUGGAUUGGGAGACUUCCUGAACAGAUGAGUGAGUUAAGAGAAACUGAAGAAUUUUUAAUAUAGUACUGGUGGCGUGUGGUACUUGUAUAUACCCAUCAACUGCCCCCCCCCCAGGGACAUCCCAUUUUUUUCUUGCAAGAGGACAGCAACCAAAAUGGCCGCCACAAUCUCCGGCUGCACUUUUUUCGGGCAUGGCACCGCAAAACGCACAUUUUUGAGUGCUGUGCCCCAAAAAGCCCUUUUGGGAGGAGCCACGAACUUGUAUGGGUCAUGUGACGUGCAGGAGUGCAGCCCGGGAAGAUGGUAUCCCAGUUUUUGUGCCCCUUCAUAUUGCUUGUGGUGAAUUUGGUAACUCACAGUUCCAGAAUAUUGCUUUAGAAUACAAAUCUGUUUUGAGAACAGUUAAGAUGUGUGUUUGGUCUCUUAAGCAUUUAUUUUGCUACUGGUGCCAAAUGAUCUCUGUCUGUCUGUCUCUGUCUCAAGGCCUGGCUUACUGAAGUUGAAGGUAAAGUAGCAGCAAGAGGAGACCGUAGACACAGCAGUGAUAUCAACCACCUCGUAACCCAAGGACGAGAGAGGUCACUAUAUUUAUCUUUUAAACUUAAGUUCACUGUCUUUGCCACUGUCGUUUUCUAAAACAGCAGUCACUGCAUCCAUCUAGAAUUUGAUUAAACAAUAAGUAUUGCCUUUGCCCCCAGAACCUCCCCAAACCCUUUUCCACUUGGUUUUCUGCCCUCUUCCCUCUCUUUCCUUACUUCCCAGAGAUCUAGCCCAGGGGUGGGGAACCUGUGGUCUGCUGCAUAUUGCUGGGCUCACAUCAGUCCCAGACAGCAUGGCGAGUGAAUAAGAUUGAUGGGAGUUGGAGUCCAGCAAUAGCUAGAGGUUGAUGGGUUGCCCACCUCUCAUCUAGGCACUGCAGUUGUAAUUGCUGUGUUACACAAAAGCAAUGUUUUUGUUGCUGGAGCUGAAAAGAGAAGGUGGAAUUGCAGAUAAAUUAGGACUUCCUCUUCAAAUCUUGUCUUCACCUCUCAUGUAACUCUCUCUCUCUCUCUCUCUCUCUCUCUGUGUGUGUGUGUGUGUGUGUGUCCAGCACAUUUUAGUGUUCGUUUUGUACACCUUUUGAAUUAUGACCGUUUGAAUGCUUGAAAUUUGAGUGAUGAGUGUUUAAAUUUAUAGGCUUUCCCUUGGAAUGCUUUUUUAAUUAUUGUAUCUUUUCAUUGAUUGCAACACUUUAAGAUGAGCAGUAUCCAUUUUUAAAAUGAAUUAUUUGCUUAAAGAAUUGCACCCAACUUCAGAUAGUUUCCUAUUCCCUCCCUUCUCCUUAAAAGGGCCAGUGAGGUGUUUAGCUCUCCUUAGCUGCAGUUAAGGAACAACUGCUCUUCACCUUUUUGUAACCAGCAAGGUGAAACUGAGGCUUAGACAGUCCCAGCAAUGAGCCAAGGAAUGUGGCCUCUGAUUUAGAAAGCUGUAUCAAAAAGAUGAAAACCACACACGUACAAUUUGUAUUUUGGGUAGCCGAUGAGGAACAGAGCCCAUACCUUAUCUUUUGCCAACAAAGCAAACUUCAAGGACUGUGAAUGUUCUUGCUUCAUGAGUACAGUGGUACCUCGGUCUAAGAACAGUCCUGUUUAAGAAUCAUUUGGUUUACAAACUCUGCAAAACCGGAAAUAGUGUCCCGGUUUGAGAACUUUUACCCUGGUCUAAGAACGGAAUCCGAACAGUGGAAGGGCACCGGCAGCAGGAGGCCUCAUUGGGGAAAGCGCGCCUUGGUUUAAGAACGAUUUUGGUUUAAGAACGGACUUCUGGAACAGAUUAAGUUCAUAAACCGAGGUACCACUGUAUUAGCAUGCAUGCAGUUGUCUUCUCCACUCUCACAGCCAUGCAUGGUUCUGAGGAGAAAAUGAUAGCAGUUGCAUAAUUCUGUUCCCAUAGACAGAGCUUUAAAAGAGUGUUUCUGUAUUCUGCCUAUUUUGAUCUAAUAGGCUCUGUUCUGAAAUCAGAGCUCCUUCUUCAUCUAAGGACUGUCCUUGGAUUCUUAUCUAUACUCCCUGCCUACGCCUGUAUUCAUCCGUAGCAAUAAGUAUUUAUGUCAGGGUUUGCCAUGCAUAGUUACUAUGAGCUGAAACAGAGUCAGCAAAUGUUAUGAUAAGCGUAUGGGAAAUGUUGGUGUUCUUGGUUUGCAAAGUGUGAAGGUUCCCUUGUCUCAACCAUUGCAUUGCAGCCCUGAAGGGAGCUACACUGAUGAUGCCAACCAAGAAGUUCGAAGCCCACCCCAGCAGCACGGCCCCCAUAACGAAUUUGACGACGAGUUUGAAGAUGACGAUCCCUUACCAGCCAUAGGACACUGCAAAGCUAUCUAUCCUUUUGAUGGUAAGAUUAGCUUAAGGGAAAUAUAUUUACACACACGCAAAAAUGUGUGUGAAUCCUAUAUAUGGCAAUUACCUUUUGCCUUACCUAGAUAAUAAUUGUCUGCAUAUAAACGAUUCUAGCAGCUGGUUUUGGUUCUGGGAAAUCAUGCCAUAAAUCAUUUUUGUUUAACGGCAGAAAAAUGCGGCAGCGUGGUAACAAAACAAAUAUGUUAGAUUAGAAAAACAGCCAUUGGCGCGCGUUCAGCUUUGCAACAAGAGACCAUGUUUUGUCUCCUGGCCUACAAUUGGAACAUAUGCUCCGCUUCACAGAUUUGAUGUAUCCUCCCAUGGGUGGAAAACGAGAGCCGAGGGAGCUUGCAUUUAAACCCUGCGAGAGCUGUGGCGAAGGUUUUCUUAUUGUGUGUGCGUGUGUCUGUGUAUCCCCGUUUCCUUCUAGGUCACAAUGAAGGCACUCUGGCGAUGAAAGAAGGGGAGAUUCUGUACAUCAUAGAGGAAGAUAAAGGGGAUGGGUGGACUAGAGCCCGGAGGCAGAACGGAGAAGAAGGAUACGUGCCAACAUCCUACAUCGAUGUAACUCUAGAGAAGAACAGUAAAGGUGCAGUAACCUAUAUCUAACCUCCAGCCCGUCGGCUUAACAAUGAACAUUCCUUAAAGAAUCCUGAAGCACACAGAUGGAUGGAAAGUGUUAAGAGCGUUCGGGAAGCCUUUCAAUCUGUUGUUCACCAUGUGAGCUCGUCCGGGGAUGUCUGUACUGAAGCUGGAAGAACAUCUGCCUUUCAAUGAGUCUCUUGACACAGCUUUGGCCAGUGCCAUGUCCAUAAGUCUUCUUUCUCUGCCUCUGUCUGCUUCAGGGCUUCUAAGCAUUAUCCUACAAUCAAUGGUUAAUCUGUUAUGAUUUUGAUGGUUUAUUUUUUGGGGAGGAAAACUUUUUACUGGCUUAAAUGUUUUUUUAAAAAUUGAUCACUAUUACUAUUAUUUCCAUGGCGUCAGUGUAUACAGUCCAUUAGCCAACCCCUGCCCCCUUCCCAAAUCCACCCCCCCCCCAAAAAAAACAUUUUCCAAUACCCAGCUAAUAACUAUAAGCCCAGUGCAGUGAAAAUGGCCCUGCUGCAAAUAAAGUGGGCAAGCAGAUCUGCUUUUCCUUUUCUGAAUGCAAGCCUUUCUUCCUUGUUCUCUUGCCCUGGUCUGCAUUGUGCAUGGAAAACGGCUGACAAUCCAGUGCAAUGAGGUGCAGUUCAGAAAACAAAGAAACCGUUUCUGCUGCGAAUGUACAAACCAUUGCUUAGGUGUAAGAGGUUGCUGCUAACGUUUACAAACAUGCCUGUCGCGUACGCAUUAUUGCAGUUUUUACUUUGCAAAAAUCAACGAGCGGCACUUUCCCAUCCUACAAAGGAUGAAUGUGGAAGGUAGCCGGGGGUGUGCAUAGCUAGUAACUGGGGACUCCACAGGCGGGCAGCAUUCUGAUGUGCCCCUCUUGACUUCGUUCCUACCUGUUAAGAACUUUGAAUGUAACGCGGGUUGCUGAAAUGACUUCCUUCUCCUUGGGAUUCCUGACGAGGUUAUUCUGUCGGUAAAAGGCAACUUCCUCUUCUCUUGCACUGACACUGAAAAAACAUCUCUCCUGGGAAAUAUCUGUUCCAGGAGUCCAGGCAACGCUGCAUCUCCAUUUCAUGUGCACAGAUUCGGUGUGGACCACCCCAUUCAGUCCACCAGAAGGAGCAUAUCUCAUAUGUGAAGGAAGGUGGAUGCUGAUGAGCUCCCCUUUGCUCAAAUGAAAAUCCCUGUGUGCACAUUGGAGCGCCCGGGCCUGGAAUAGAUCGCUGGACUCUGAUGAUAGUUGCUGAUGCACCUCUAGAAGUAGAAUUUUCUAAGUGCUACUAGAUAACCUGUACAUUUUCACUUGGGCUGGGGAGUUAUUCUGGUAGCAAAGUUGCACUAAUUUGCUACUGGAUGAGCUGCUGUCUGGAAGCUAGGAAUGCUUGAAAAGGCUUGGUGCCAUUACCUGUGCAUAGGAUUUAUUUUCUAACCAUUUAGAGGGGUUAUUUUAUUUUAUUUUUUACUUUAUUCUAUGAACACACUUCUCUCUCUGAAGGCCUCUGGUAAUUCUGUUCUUCUCUUUUUUCCUCUUGGACUGCAGGUUCCUGAAGCGGGUUUCUGAGAAAAUGGGCGAGAUGUUGAAGGAGGUUACAUGCAGCUGCUUUUUUUUAUUUUUAGGGGGGUGGGCGAGGGAAGGAAGGGGGUAGGGAGUUAGGCCCAGCAAGAUGGGCAAAAGCCAGUUGCAUGAAGGCAUGCAGGCAAACAUGACUCACUAACCAUGUUAGCAUCCCUCUGUGUAUUCAAAAUCGUUACAGUAAAGCCACAGCUCCAUUUCAGCAGAACCAAACCACCUGAAAAUGCAUUCCUUUCGUGGUUCUGAAAAAGCCCUCCUUUUGCUGUCUGCCCGUUGCAUUGCCUAUUGGCUGUUUCGGCUGCCUCAUUUUCCAUGCCCAUUUUGAGCUGGCAUUGAAUUGAAGCCAUGUCAUCCUUCACAGUCUCUGCCUGUGCCACCUCCAUUCUCGCCCUAACCUCCUCCUGCAUGUCUAGAUACGUAUCAGGACUGCCUGCCUAAUGUUUUGUAUUUCCAUAGCUCUUCCUCCUCUUCUGCAUUCGUAGCAAAACCCCACUUUACUGUAGUUCUGUUAUCUCCAGCACUAAAGUUUGUUUUCCUUUUCAUUUCAGUUUCCACUUAAUGCUGCUAUUGUUACCUUUUUCUUUUUCUUUCUUUUCUCAUUAUGACCAUCAUCAUUACAUUCCAGUUCUUCUUUUGUGUUGCGACUGAUGUGCAAAAACCUAACAUUCAUUUUGAUUUGGGGGAAAGGAACGUGUCCCAGCAGCCCAUCCUCAGCACCUCAAUAACCUGUGAGCACUGAAAAGCCUGAGAUUUAACAGCACAGAUUUUUUUUCCACCACAAGACAAAACGACUGUUUUCAGAAGUGCUUGCCAUUCAGAUGCUGCCUUAAAACUCUUGAGUGCCUAAAUCUGUUGAUUGCCAACGCUUACCACUUCAGUAUCCCACAAAGGGCUCUGAGCCUCUGCUCCGAAUGACCUCCUGCAUCUUUCUACAGUACUACAGCUGCUGGUAGCCUUGGCAGAUGCUUUCUGGGCCUCUGCCUCAACAUGAUACAUGGUGCAUUGUAAACUUUAUGCAUUGGAAGCAAAACACAUGUAUCGUUUUCAUUUUAUGUCUAAUGAAUGUUUUUAAUAGGAUUUUUAUGGAGCCUUUUUUUUUCUUUCUUUCCUUGAUUGUCUCUUAUUUCUUGAGUUGGCGGGGCAGGGUUGGGUUGGGGAAAGACUCCAGUUUCUAAUUAACUGCAGUGCUAGUCUGUUUCCAAGUGACGCUUCAUUGUAAGGACCAUUUGAAAAAUUGGAGUGAUACUUUGUAAUGAUCUAUGUGCACUUUUACUUGUAAACAUUUGAGAUUUGAGAAAUGUUUAUACAUGUAAAUAUAGUUGUCUGCAGCACACACCCCAUAUUGCCCACGUUGUUUUGUCUGCCAUUUGUGAGUUCUGUUAAUGAAAUCAUCCCUACAUCUAAAAUGAAUAGGGGAAUCUUAGAAUAUGGGGAGUUGGGAGGGAGGGAGGGAGGGAGGGAGGGAGGGAGGAACCAUUUAAGUUAAAAGCUUCAUUGAUCCAGCUUUUUUUGCUGUUUGUGGUAAUGUUAAAAACAAACCAACCGGUUUUCUAGGGGUGGGGUGGGGGGGGUGAAGCAAUAUUUGGACACAGCAGUGCUGGAUUCCUUUAGAACUUUUUUCAGUGUUAUUAGGAAUUGUACUACCAGUAAAACUAAAUCUGUGUGACUAUUGUGGUCUCUUCUUUUUAUUAUUAAGUGUGCCACUAUUACGCAAAUGACAUAGUGUAUUUGCAGGGGCGGCGGGGCGGGGGGGGAAAUUAAACACUAAAGGUUAGAUUUUUUCGGAUAUUGUAAACAGGGUUAUUUAUAUGAUGUGACCUCUUUACUCAUUACUGACAAAACUACAUUGUAUUAGUCAUUCAGCUUUUGGGUUUUUAAAAGACCAACCUAGUGGUGUUUUGUUUUUUUAAAAAGAAUAUUAUUAUUUCAAAAUUAAAUAUAAUGAGAAAAUGUUCUCAAUAUAACUUGCAGCCAAGAGCCCUGUAGAUUUUGCCUAAUGAACUCAUGGGCUUCUACUAAAUAACUCAUAGCAAAGGACUAAUAACCGUUCUUUCAUGCUACUGUUUUUUCUAGGAACAGGAUUUGUUUCCUCAGGAGAUAUUCUUUCUGUGGUAUAAGGCACAGUGAAUUUAUGAGGGUUAUUACAUUUAAAGGGAGGGGGGGAAAUAUUUGUACUUGCACAGUUAGCUAAAAUCAUGCUGAAAUUUUGAACAUGAUGAAUUGUCUUGAGUCUUACAACUUUCCAGUAAUUUUUAAUCUUUUGUGCACGUGUUGAUUUUUAAAUGUUUAAAUGCUUUGUUAAAAAAUAGUGGUUCUCUUGAAAAUAUUUUCAUGGAAUUAAAAGCAACCUUUUCAUGG